AUGUUCCUCCCCGUGGAAGUCUGGAAACGAGAGGCGAACAUGGCCGAACAAGUGACAAAGGUACGCCUAGAGCACAAAUUCGAUGAGACUGCACUUCACGAAUAUCUGAAGCGUAACUUUCUGGCCUUUCCUAAAAGUAACGGGCAUUUAAAGGUUCUGCAAUACAGGUUUGUGUUGCUCGCGUGAAGUAUUUCGUUUUUCUUUAAUUAAACCCAUUCUGCGAUCGGACUAUUAAGAGCAUGUCUUUACACAUACAUUUGAAGCUCAUUUCAAAUCACUAAUUCGUGUCGAAAAAGGGGGGUCGAGAGCCUAGUUCAGUUGAAAAAGGGCUAAGAAAUACGUCAGCUGACGUCGUUUGAAUGGAUUAAGGUUUAUUACAUGAUAAGCUGUAUGAUUGGUUCUCACUUGGAAUCUUUUGGAAAAACAGAUGCAUAGAUGACGUCACCAUUAACUGCAUUUUACUUAUUUAUCAUAUAAAACAAUUAGCUUCCAUGUUGGCCCGGUGUCUGUACACAAAUAGAUUCUAUUACGUAUCUCUCUACAUGUCUCUCUACGUAUCUUUCAGUUACAGUGGGCUCUGAUUUGCAUAUUUAAUGCUACAGGCCUGAUCAAGAUGUUGGACUACUUGUCUAUCAUUCUCUCCCCACUUUUAACCAAAGAGUUGUUUACUUAGUUGUCUGAUCCUUGCCCAAAGCUGUGGGAAGUGUUGUAUUUGAGGUCACACUUUGAAGUGCUGGAGUUCUUUGUCUAGCUUUAUGUCCAGGAAAAUAUGAAUGUUUAGUUCUGGCACUAUUGGUGGCUUGUAGGUUUCUUUAUUUGCCUCUUCUUUGCACCUUCUUUCAGAAGGUGUUGAUCCAGUUGUCACUAUUUCUUUUUGUGUUUCAUUCUCACUGCUUUUUAUAGGUUCUUCCAUAAAUCACUCAUUGGCUUUAACAUAAGGAACAGUUUUUGCAAAUGGAUAAUUUUAUCUACAAAAAUAAGCAACUAUUAACAAUCAAGUUCAAGUAAUCAUGCUCUUUUGAUUACCAAAAAUUGCUUAACAGCAUUUAGUUAUUUUGCUCAGUUUAUGUCAGGCAACCAAGUGGGCAGUUCACUGCUGCUUGAAUCAUUAGGGGUGACAUAGAGGAAAUUGCUCCUUGCAUAUUGAUGCAUAUCAAAGCAUCAAGGAGAUUGUAAGUGAAAUUUCCAGAGCUAAACUUAGUAGAAAAAUGAUAUGAAUACAGGCACAAAAAACUUGAAGAAUUGUUCUUGUAGCUUCAGUUUUUAAAUCUUUUGUGGUCUAUAAUUUGAUCAUUAAAAAGUGCAUGGAGAAUGUAGCAAUUAAGAAUUAACUCAUUUUGUUUUACUUUUGACUUUCACUAGUCCUUUUAAGUCAUCCCCUAUAACUAGAAACUGUGAGACCCAAGAGAGACAUCUUCAAUAAUGUUUUAACCUUGCCUUUCGUUUUUUGCACCAGAAGUUACAAAUUAUAGUUGUUGCCUCAUCUCAGCUGUGACAAGUGAAACCUUGGCCUUAAGAGUUCUUGUUAUCAUGCUCAUAAUCUUCCAAUAAUGAUUUGUGCAAUAUUUAGCUUGGUUGAUACAAAGCUUCUUCAAGGAUAUAAAGGGGUGAGUUUCUAAAGAAACUGUGGUGCUGCAUCAGUGGGAGAGUAUAGCAGGUAAUUUAGUGUUAACAACUGGGUUGAAAACGUAAAUUAGUCAUCGUAAAGGGUAAAAAAGCUGACGUUUCGAGCGUUAGCCCUUCGUCAAUCACUCUGACGAAGGGCUAAUGCUCGAAAUGUCAGCUUUUUUAGCCUUUACGGUGGCUUAUUUACGUUUUCAACCCAGUUGUUAACACUAAAUUACCUUCUUCAAGGAUAUAUUGAGUAACAUUGUAUCAUUACUAUAGAGUAUUUCUUAUCAAAUCUGUCAGCCCUAUGCAAGUCCCUAACUUGUAUCAGAAAUGGUUAAUUUGUUGUCUGUCGCGGUUCAAUAGAGGUGUAUGCGGAAUAUGAGGUUAUUUGUGGUAAACAUGGAAAUGUGGAAAACCAAGGAUACUACAAGUUUUUUUCUGGAGACUCCAUGAUACUUUUUAAUGUGAACUAACCUUAUAUGUUAUGCCCACUUGAAAGUCUUUGAAAUAUGAUAAUUUCUCUUCAUUCAAUUUAUUUCUACUUGUCCACAAAAUAUCUUUGGUUGGAGGCUAUUUGAAAUAGGAUAAAGUUUUGGUUACUUUCUGCAGCAAAAUUAAUAGGAAGAAUAUUUUUGAGGCAACUAGCUGUUAGUGAAUUUUGUCUUGGACAAAGGAAGGACAGUAAACAUAGUCUUAGGCUGCAAGCAGGCUACUCUUGGGUCUCAUUUGUAAUGGGGGGAGAGAGAGUUGUGUCACUAGACUAAACAACAGCUGUGAGGGAGACUUCAGGAAGUGUAGGGUCUUUUUUGCUCUCCACUAAAAUUAUUUUCAUUGGAAUCUUUUGAAAGUAUAUUAUCUUUUUUUUUUUUUACAAAUAUUAGUAUCCCAUUUCAAACUGCCCAUCCGAAGAGGUAACUUCUACAUGCAUAAGAUGCCUAUGUUUUUUAAAAAUAUGUUUAAGUAUUAAUUUAUUAUUAGCUUAUAAUUAUGCAUAUCUUAAAACUUAUGUAUUUGUGAAAAUAUUUGUUAAUUAUAGUAAUCUUGUAACAAUAAAGGCUGUCUUUGUCCCAAACAUUACUUGAAGUCAUGUUUUAUGGUUUAGUGGAGUACUACGUCAUCAGCUGUGAUCAUUUUAAGGUUUCAUCAAGAUCUUGUUUGUGAGUCACCUAUCCUUAAAUAAAUUAUCUGACUGUAUGGGUUGGUUUGAGUUAUCACUAAUCUUAAUUGUUUACCAACAAAUUGUUCCUUAGCUCUGGGCAGUCCAAUCCGACAUUUUACUUGUCAAAAGAUGGAAAAGAAUUUGUUCUCAGGAAAAAACCUCCUGGUAAGCUUCUCAAAGGAGCACAUCAGGUGAGCAUGUAUGCUGGCUCUUAUAUGUUCUGACAGUUUGCAGCUUUCAAAAAGUUAUACCUGUUAUUAAUUUUGCAGUUUGGUCUUUGGACAUGAUAAUUAAAUUUGUUGUGCAUAAUUCUACUAAUAAGUUGAGUUGACUAAUAUUUUGUUAUGCACCCAAUGCUCAAUUAUGAUAAUUAUAUUUAAUUGCAAAAGCUAAAGGGUUUUAGAGGAGAUUUGGUGUGUGAAUCAUCUCUCUACUGAUAAUUUCUUGUGCAUUUGAUUAUUUUUUAAAAGAAAAUACACAAUAUAAAUAUUACAUAUUAUUAUUAUUAUUAUUAUCCAAGUUAAAAUAUUAGGCUACUUUCAACCCACAGUUGUGCACUAAUAAACAAUUAUUUUGUAAGUUGUUUAUAGAGGCUUUACUGUACACUCUUGAAUUGCGUAUACCAUAUUUACUCAUGUAUAAGUCGAAAUCGUGUAUAAGUUGACCCCAGUUUUCAAGGUCAAAAAUUGGAUUUUUCAUCAUUUCUAGUCAAAAAAGUAAAAAAAUUCAGACAGAUAGGAAUUUCCCAGAAAGAUAAUCUCUUAUUUCUGAGAUUGUAUUGAAAACAUGGAGAAUUCAAAAGACUGCACAGCAAAAUAUAACCGUGUGCUGUGAAUUUUAUUAGUACUUGUUUACAUCGCCACGAUUUAAGCAUACACGAGCACUUCGAUUUACUGGAGAAGUAUCUAACCAUAUUUUGUAAUUCACUUUGAAAAUGAAAUCUUCUUGCAUUUAACCAACCUUAAUCUUAAUGUUGAGUUUGAAAGGAGAUUAAGUAGACUGAAGGAACACUGAAGAGUUCCAAAGAAUCGCAUAUAACAGGCAAGACUGCGCGAGACAGCAGCAUUUGCCAGGUCAGUAAGCUACUGAAAUCAUUCGAUAAAAAUGAAAGUUUGGCACCAUAAACAGCAAGCACCUGAAAGAAGGUGCAAAGAAGAGGCAAAUAAAGAAACCUACAAGCCACCAAUAGUGCCAGAACUAAACAUUCAUAUUUUCCUGGACAUAAAGCUAGACAAAGAACUCAAGCACUUCAAAGUGUGACCUCAAAUACAACACUUCCCACAGCUUUGGGCAAGGAUCAGACAACUAAGUAAACAACUCUUUGGUUAAAAGUGAGGAGAGAAUGAAAGACAAGUAGUCCAACAUCUUGAUUGGGCCUACAGCAUUAAAUAUGCAAAUCAGAGCCCACUGUAACUGAAAGAUAUGUAGAGAGACAUGUAGAGAGAUAUGUAAUAGAAUCCAUUUGUGUAAAGACACCAGGCCUACAUGGAAGCUAAUUGUUUUAUAUGAUAAAUAAGUAAAUGCUGUUAAUGGUGACGUCAUCUAUGCAUCUGUUUUUCCAAAAGAUUCCAAGUGAGAACCAAUCAUACAGCUUAUCAUGUAAUAAACCUUAAUCCAUUCAAACGAUGUCAGCUGAUGUAUUUCUUAGCCCUUUUUCAACUGAACUAGGCUCUCGACCCCCCUUUUUCGACAUGAAUUAGCAAUUUGAAAGCUGCAAGCAAAAAUGUCUGCCCUUCAGUCCAAAGACACAAUAGAAACCAGCUCCAGUAACUUUGUGUUCAGCCACUUAAAAUUUAUCAUUUCAAACUUUUUUUUUUACCAAGAAUGCACUGAAAAGUGACAAAACUCAAACACAAUUAGAACUGGUUUUAUUUACCUGGUUUUCCUAACAGACUUCAGGCAAUUUUUAUGCUAAUUUCUUGGAUUGCUAAGGUCAGUUCUUUGUGUAUGACUUGUCUAUUAGUCAAGGGUGAUUUUUUUGGGCUGACUUUUUGGUCAUAAAAGGUCGACUUAUACACGAGUAAAUACAAUGGUUGCCACCUUCUGAAAACAGUUGUGGUUUAUUCCUAUUCUAUUCAAGUUCUAUUUUUACUUACCAUAUGAUCCUUUUCACCUUUUUACAUUGACUACCGCUAUUUUUUCAUGGAGGGAAAGAUAUUUUAAUAGAAACUGAGGGUCGGUAUUUUGAGGCAUGACCAGAUUGAUGUGGGUGCACACUUACAAGAGUUAAUAUACUGGAUCUUAUGUGUUGAAAAAACUGGUUGUUUUGAAAAAUGAAACCUGUCUUCUCCUGAUCUACCACCCAAACAAACAGUAUAGGCAUGAUCUAAUCUGAAACUUUACCUUACCUAAUCUGAAACAUUUUCUUUGAGUGGGUGGGUCUGAGUGGUCAGAAUGGGAUAUUUCAAACAAUCCUUUUACAAUCUAUUUCCUAUUUUUUCUUUGCCAUACCCCUGUCCUUUUUGGGUGCUAAUUUUUUUGUUUAUUUUUGCUGAUUGAUAGUGCAGCACAGGCUACUGUCAGAGGUGGCAAGGCAUUUUAAAACGUGGGGGCUUAUAUAUCUUACACAGCUAUGUGCAUACCCCUACUCAAAGUUUUUAGAAUGAACUUUGUAGUGUUCAUUGGCACAAGCAAACCUCUUUGCAAUCUUUACAGAGUUAAGUAUGUCCAUAAUCAAUUUGUGACAAUACAUCAAUAGGCAGUUGUUUUGGUAGUUAGGCUUCAUAGUUGCUCUUAGCGGUUCUUGAGUUACCUGAGGGCAGAAAAUGUGCCUGAAGUCACCAAUGCCACAGUUCGUGUCAAAUACAUCUGUAAGAGUUACAGGAGUUUUCUUAAAUUUCUUUAGAGCAUAGUUGAAAUUAUAAAAUUUGAAUGUGAAGUUGCAGUAAAGUACUAUAUAGUCAGUUUUUUUCUUCAAGAUUUCUUUUUAUCCUUACAGGUUGACAGAGAAUUUAGAGUACUAUCAGCGUUAAAAUCUGCCUCCUUCCCAGUGCCAAAUCCUUACCUCUAUUGUGGAGAUAUUUCAGUCAUUGGAACUGAGUUCUACAUCAUGGAACAUGUACAGGUAAGUGAUGUAUAGACUAUAAUUUGUUGUGCUUUAAUUUUCCAUUAAAUGGUAUUAAUUGUUUAUUACUGGGAAUGUAAUGAGAAUGGAUUCAGAUUUACUAAUCAGCACAUUAAAUAGUGAAUUCAAUAAACUGUCAAAUUGGAUCAAAGCAAACAGGCUCUCUAAACUCAUUUAAUGACAGAUCAAAGUUCAAAGGUUUAGAUCAAUCAGUAGCAUUUGACAUGAAGGGUUAUAAGAUAAUGAAGAUUGAAGUUCCUUGGCCUUAAUAGCAGUAGCAUUAGAAAAACAUACAUGUAGUAGUAGCUGUUGGUGCAAUAAUAUAACCAGAAAACUCAUAGUGAGAAAUGAAUAGAUGUGAUAAUUCUUUUGUCUUAAGAAAAUACAAACAACAGUAUUGUCAGUACUAAAACAGAGUAACUAGAGUGAGCAUAAAAGAAUAACAAUUUGAAAAGAAACAAGGACAAUUGAGGACCAAGAUUGUUUUGCAAUGAUACUGUAAUGAUAACACUUAGCUGACUAAAAAUAAGAUGUUCUAUGAUGAGGCCAAUUAUGAUUCUGCAACUUAAUUAACAACAAAGAAAAGACUUGUAUGCUUCGGUUGACGACUUGCGCCAAAAAAAUAGCAAAGACACUUGAGAUAGGGGUAGCUUGGAUCCUUCUGAUCAUAGCAAAGGUCAUGGUGUAGCUUCGACCAACUUCUUUUUUACUAAUGUUGCACUUUUAUAGGCUAUGAUGAGUGAAAAAAGCCAAGGUGUUGCUAAAGAGUAGUGCCCUUCGUAAGAACUAUUUCCUGAGAAGCGAAGAUUCCAAAGUUGAUAUAGAAUUCCAGGAAAUCUUGAUUUCUACUGAUGCCUUCAUUUUAGAUCAUGUAAUUGGCUACAUAAUAACUAAAUAUAAAGCAAAAGGAAAUUUGUAGGAAAUUAGUAACACAAAUGGUGUUUCAAGACUAACAUGAACCACUACCUAUUUUGCAAUAGACUUUUUAAAUGAAUACCUUUUAAGACCUAAUUUCAUGUCUAUCAUAAAGAAAAUUAUUAUAGAUUCAAGUAGUGAAGUCUUGAGAUGCUCUACAUGUAUACCUCUACAUACAUAGAAGAGGUAUGCUGUAACAAGAACUAGACUGUUAUGUUUUAAUUUACCAAAUUGGAAACUUCUGUAUCCUUGAUCAUGAGAUACUUUAAAGAACUCAAAGGAAGAUUGUCAUUAAAUUAUAAACCAGCAAUUGCAUUUUUACAUUUGCUCAUCCUUUGAUCUAUUACGUAGCAUCCAUCAAUCAAUAUCAUGAAUACAAGGCUUCAAUUUUAUCUCUUAAAAGUCAGACAUCAAGAAGAGAGUUAAAUGGUAGAUGUAACUGAGUGUCUUUUGCAUGGAAGUGAAAUAAUAUGCAAUGAAGUCUUAGCUUUGUCUCAUAGAGGCAAAGUAGGUAAUGAAAAUGCUUUUGUAAAGGGCCUUUCAAUCAUUGAGAAAUUACCCAAAGUAGAGUCUGGAUUAUGGUAAGAGCCAUCACAGACCUUGAAAAACUAAGAAUGACUGGGUUAGUAAAAAGGGGACUAAAGUCAGGUGCUUUGCCAGAUAUUGGUUAGAACAACUGCACAGCCCCAAUAUCAAAUGCUAUUUUCAGUACUAUUGAAAGUUGCUGAAAGUUAAGUCUAAGAAAACACCAACAAGAGAUUUUUUCAUGUAAAGUACUUUUAAAAAUAUAAUUUUUCUUUUUCACAAAGGCAUUGAUUUUUCCCAUGCUAUGCUUCCUAGCCUCAUUACUUGUGUUCAUUCUUACAUUAUUCAUUGUCUGCCAUCUGACAAAGGCCAUGUGCCGGAACAUUUUAAGGCACUUUGAAUUUUUGAAAAUGAUUUCUGAUUGAUAAACUCUUUUUUUCAGGGUAUCAUAUUUCGUAAACCCACAUUGCCAAAUCAUUCAGAAGAUGAUCGAAAAGCUAUCUACAAUGGCAUGAUCAGUACUUUGGCAAGGCUACACAACAUCAAUUGGAAGGGUUUGGAACUCUCUGAUUUUGGCCAUCAGUCCAACUUCUUAUGGAGACAGGUAAUUUGGAAUUCAUUCACUUCUUUAGUGGCUUAUUAUAACAUAUUGGCCCUUCCUUCAGAGACAAACUUCUUGCUUGUUUUUCUUUCAUAUUUUGAAUGAUUAUGGUAAAAAUCAGAGUUUUCUGUAGUCCAACAGCAAGCCCUCAACUCAGACAAUCUAGCUGCAUUCAAUUUUUUACCUGGAUGAUAACAGGGAAUACUUUUGAGAACUCUUCACCCUCUCUCAAGUGACUGGUAGCACCAAUGUAAGACAAGUAGUACAUCAUAAACUAAUAAAUGUAUGUUAUUGGAGACUUAUGUGAACUUAAGCAUUAAUUAGUAAGGGCUUUAAUGAGGUUGAAUCUGAGUCCACCCUAGGAUAAUGUUGUAGGUCCUGUGAGGCCAAUGGUUGAGGUCAAUGGUACCACUUGAUAAUGUGUCUAAAUUAACUUAAUCAGUAAUGAACCAAUUCAAAUCAUUCUAAUAGCUGCUGCAUUUUAUGGUGUUAUAGCUCAGUGAAAGCAUCAGUUAAACAACACUGCUAUUUUGGCUGACAUAUUCUUUAUUAAUGUAGACUUGUCAAGAGGCCUCAUCUGCCUGUCUAGAUGACAAAGAGAGUUGACUUUUUAUGAAAACAUGGUAUAAGCUGUUAAAAUAGGCACCUUAGUCUGCCCUGUCAGAGGACAGGGAAGGGUAUACUGGUACAGGCAAAAAGGCAAACCACAAGUCUUAAUAGAAUUAAGACAAAAAGCCACAUUUGUAAAUUAAUAUUGUAGUAAAACAAACUUAAUUGAAUAGAGAUUGGGAGAUACUGAGACAAUAGAAUAAACAAACAAACCUUUGGCUCAUAAGAAAAAGAAGUAGUUUACAAAGGGAAUGGUAUCAACAGCAAUGAAUAAAUAGGUUCCUUGUUGAUAUCUUUAAAAAUUGGCCACAAAAAUGAUGUUGUUGUGGAGUUAAAUAACUCUACAUUAACAAACCUUGUAAUUAAAUGCUGCUAAGAUUUUGGACUUUCCUCUAAUAACAUAAAAAGCAAUUGCAUUGGAAAGAAAAAUCUCCAGCAACAAGUACUGCGGAGGAUUGAUGGCACAUGUGGUCAUGAACAUAGCUUUUAAGGUGGGGCACAAAAUGAUGCCUAGAGAGUAAUACAGUGUCGCUUGUAAGUAUGGAAUUUGUCUGUUCAACUCUAUACCUCCCUUGUGAGUGCAAGGAACAAGAGAGAUACUGAGUUGGACACAAGAAGAAAAAUUCUGUGUAUACAAACAAUAAUUUAUUAGGUAAUUUAAUGUUAACAACUGAGUUGAAAAUGUAAAUUGGCAACCGUAGAGAGUUAAAAGCUGACGUUUCAAGUGUUAGCCCUUCUUCAGAGCCCUAUCACUCUGAUGAAGGGCUAACACUGGAAAUGUCAGCUUUUUUACUCUUUACAAUGGUCAAUUUACAUUUUUAACUCAGUUGUUAACACUAACUUACCUGCUUCAUGUGAAUAAAAUUGAGUUAUGAAAAUUCUAUCAAAAUUGAAAAAAAUCUUUGUAAAGGUAAUAUUAAUAUAUUAUAAACAAAGUAAUAAAUGAUUGAUUGAUAGCAACCCUUUGCCAUUGAAAAAAAUCAGUAAAAUCAGGUAGAAGUCAGUAAAGUCAGUAAUGAUAAAAAAUGAAGGCCUUUAACAGAUUUGAACCCAUCACCUUUGGGACACCAACACAGUGCUCUACCAACCGAGUUAUCUAGCCAACUGCUCUAGUACAUUGCCAAAAUGGGUUAUUGGCAAUCCUCUUGUUUUAGAAUUUAAUUCUCUUCUUCAAGAAAUUCUAUCAUCAAAGCCAAACAACUUUGAGUUUUUCUUUAAGUCCUUUUGUCUUUGUUUUAUAAUAAGAAUGAGAAAAACAAUGCAAGCAGUUCAACUUCAUAGACCUUCACAAAGGUUUUAAUGUAACUGAGUAACCAGGCUUUGGAGAAAAUUUUUUUGUGGCUUAGCCUUUCUUAUGUUGGCUGAUGUAAAUCUUGUUUCAGAGAGGGGAGAUAAUUUAUCAAAUUAGGCCUGAAAACAUAAUUUCUGAAUGCUGUCUGUUAAGCAGGGUCUACUUCAGGGGUCAGUUUAGGGGCCAGUGCUUUUCCUCUUGUCAGCAGCAACUUUGCGAGUCAACAAUUUACAUUAAAUGAUAUGCAGUUGAUUAUAUUUUUUCCAUGCAUUACAAAACCAGAUAUAAUUUCAGGAAUUGAGAGAGGUCAAAAGUCAGACUUGAAAGAACAUAUCGUUGAUUAAUACCUAAGGGAUGAGAGUUUUUGCCUGUUAAAUAACUCAGAUUAGUAUGUUCCAAUCAAGUUUGCACCUACUCAAUUCCAAUUUACAAUUAGAGAAGCACAGGGAAAACCAAGUUGUCAUACAUUGAGUUGGAAAAAUUGCCCUCAAUCAUAAAAAAUUUACAGUGCACUGGUAUAUGCUUACAUUGACAGUCAGUUUAUGGUUUUUGAACUAGGUGUCAGUAAUAACCAGAUCAUCCUAUAACCGUGAUUGAAAAAUAAAAUGGUUGGUUUGGUGAAGGGGCAGGAAAGUUGCACUUCAUAGAUAAGCAUAAGCAUUUUACUAAGGAUAUGUAAUAUUUUUAUAGAUAUAAACAAUCAAUUUUGAAUACAGGGCUACACGUGAGAAACAAUACCUAAAUGAAAGUCAACAUCGUUAUAAUUUUAAGAGACGACUUCACAUGGCAUAAAGGGGAAGGAUUUCUUCCACCUCACAACAAAGUUUAACCAGAAAGGGAAAUUGAAUUAACUUAAGCCUCUCUUUGGUAGGUUACAGAAUUUAAAGGUGUGAAUAACUCAAGAAAAAGAUAAUUAACAGGAUGUACCUCAACAUUCGUUGCACUUCAUAUGAGUAUUCUUGUCAUUUAAAAUACAGUAAAUAUUUCACAACCUUAUACUCACCCAUUAUUGCAGUCACCUUAUACUCACCCAAUAUUGCAGUCACCAUGACCCAGUUAUUUCACUAUGAAUUCAAGCAAACCAGUAACACACAUUGAUUCAGGCUAAAGAGGGUUGUACAGUCAUUUAAAACGUAUUGAAAGGUCUGCUUAGAAAAACUUUUGAAUCAAAGUGACACCCUGUUGUCAGCAGGUGCUAGAGGGCCCUAUGGAUGUCGACACAAUAUAGGUAUCCCUAUAGUACGUGUAUAUUAGACAUUGUAAAAAAAGGUUAUUUUCAUAAAUUUUUUCAAUGUAUGACCCUUACAGUAGAUAUUAUGAUAUUCCAAUAAUUUUCACUAUUGCAUAAUAAUACAGGUAUCAACCUGGAGGAGACAGUACAGAGCAUCAGAAACAUGUCACAUUGAUUCUGUGGAAAGUCUGCUAUCCUGGCUUGAGAAGAAUAUUCCUGUUUGGAGGCAGAACAUAGGUAACAUCAUUCUCAGUCAGUUAAUUUGCAUGUUUAAAUUGUGUAUUGAAAAGUCAGGUUUCAUUCCACAGUGCUCACAACAGACUGUUAUACCUGUUACAUCUGUUUUUAGCAUGAUUUGACCCUGAAUUGGCUCUCUCUUCUGGCCAUAAAGCAAUCCAUGCACCUUCUAUUCUGUGUUUGUUAGGGCAUGUGACCUCACUUGAUAUUGCAGCUAAAUCAUGAAAUACAAUUUUGGAAAAAGACAUUUUUGUAGCAUGGGAGUAUGGGUUUUAUUGUGUCUUGUGGAUCUUUGAGUCAAAAUUGGUUUGUUUUCACAAGUUUUGACCAUGCAUACCCAAUCUCCAGCUAUGACUGUUUUGGUUGUCAUGUUGAGUUAGAUAACUUUUGGUAAAUAAAUUUCCGCUGAAAGUUGCCAGUUUGGUAGCCUGCAUUUGACAGUACUACAGAAUUAGGUGGACCAUUUUGUCUUGUUAGAUCAUUCUAAAUGGUUGGACCAUUUUAACUAGUUAGACGUAUCAGCAAAGUAUCGGUGAACUAAAAGCUAUAUUGGCCAACAUGCAUAUCGAUUGAUAUAUCGACCAACAGUUGGCCCAGAGUUAAUUGACUGUUGACUGAUAUAUCAGUCGACAGUCAGUUGUCAGUCAACCAAUAUAUCAACCAAUAUAUCGGUUGAUGUAUUAGUGGAGAGUACUCAAUAACAAAGCUUUUAUCUUGUUUGUACUCUUACUUUCUUACCUUGUCAAUUUCUCAGCUUGUUUCUUUAUUUAGUUCAAAAAAAUAAUUCUUACUCACAUGGGUAAUGAACUUGAAAAUAAAAGAAUUUAAUUGUGAAAAAGCAGGCUUCAGAGCAAUUCAAAUGGAAAAUGAUGCAGACAUGCUCAUUUUGUGGCAUAGCAUAAUUAAUGGCACGGCAGAAUAAUUGAGGCAUCAGUGACAGUGGUAUCAAGAGGUAUCAUUCUCAAUGAAACACUGAAAAGAAGAAGUGUGAAAAUUUAUUAAUUGCAUGCUAAAGGAUAUCAAGUCAACAAAAAUUAUUGAUGUGAAUAUGAAAGUGAUCUUUGCAGUAAUGAACAGUACUUGAGCAGUAGUGAAAAUAAGGACUGAAAAAAAAUUCAGGCCUGUACAGGAUUUGAACCUAUGACCUCUGGUGUCCCACCAACUGAGCUAACAAGCCAACUGGAAGCUGGUCAUUAUGUUGGUUCCAAAUAAACCCAUGAAGUGAUGAAGUGUAUAUUUGAACUACAGAUAAAGAUGUGAAUAUGAAAGUGACUGCAAAGACAUCAUUGUUUCCUUAGCUUGCCCUUGUUCAUGUUCAUGACAUACCUCACAUGUCCACACAUGGCUCUUAAUGUCAGUGGCCAUCCUGGGCCAAUACGCACACUUAUGCACUCUGUUUAGACAGCUGUUGACCCCAAAGUGUGAGCUGGGAAUUCGUUUCAACAGCUUGCUCCUAGAAGCAUGGGGGAACCAUAACUCACUCUCCCUUAAAAAUGAGGCUGUCCUGGAUGGACAUCUCGUCACGCAUGUUGAAGUAGGGGAAGAUACUCUUAUGCUUUGGCUAGCCCUUCUGGAUCACAACCUUAAACACUUGAAGAGACUCAUCUGCUUCAAUGUCUUUCUGAAUCUGCUGGAGCCUUUCUUCCGAUACAGGAAGAUACUUGAUCAUGUUAAAUUGUUUCAAACUCUGACUCAUCUUGUUGACUGGCUGGGAGAAACAAUCUUGAAAGGGUGUCUGGUAAGAAUGUCUUGUCUCCCCUCUGAUACAUCAUCUCCAGGUCAUACUUCUGUAGACAAGUGAUCAUGGCUUGCAAACACUAGGGGGCACGAUGCAAAGGCCUCUUAAAAAUUGAUUCUAGUGGUUUGUGAUUGCCGAAAACCACUUUCAGUCAGCUCUUGUAAUAUCAUAAUUGAGUUGAUCCAGGUUUAAAGACUUUCGGUUUCAAGUAAUUACAGUCUUAUAGGAUAACGCAGGUUUUUGUACUGAGAGUUUAAAAGCUACAGGGCUAUGGUCAGAUAUCCAAGGAGUGUGCACACAGAUAUCAUCUACUAGAUUCACAUUCUGUUCAGUUAUUAUGCAAUCCAAAGUAUGACCAAGUCUAUGAGUUGGUUGAUUCACCAGUUAACUCAGAUUCAGGGUAUCCAGUAGUUCCAGAAAUUCUCUUGUUUGAUUAUUUGAGGUAUUAUCCAAAUGAAGAUUGACAUCUCCUACAAUUGAGAUUUGCCCAGAGAGUGAUAUUAAGUGUUCCAAGAACAUUGCAAAUUCAAAAAAGAACUGUGCUGUUGUAAGGCCAUUGGUAGUAGAUGGAGGAGGAUGGUAGAGGGUAAUAAUCCUAAUCCAUUUAGAGUUCAUAUUUAGGAGAUAUUCAACAUGUUCAAAAGUAUUAUUAAAAAAGUAUUAUAUUUAACAGUGGUUAGUUGGCAAUUAUCAGCAACAGGUAUGUCGAGACAUGUUUUAUACAAGAUGUCAAUGCCACCCCCAUGAUGACCAGUGCCACGAGGUAUAUGAGACAUUUUGUAUCCUUCGGGACAGACAUCACCAAUGAUUUGAUUAGCUAAUAAAUCUUCACAAGGAAGCCAUGUCUCCAUUACUGCUAUAAUGUCACAGUCAUGCUCCACUAUGUGAUAAUGUGAUAAUGAUGCAUACCCUUUACUAUUGAAAUGGGGGUGGUUGUCCUUUGGAACUCCAAAUUCUGAGAACACAUUGUCCAGCCUUGGUAUCAUGGUUGUUGCUGAGGUUGAUCUCACUAUUUUGACCACUGGGUACCAUCAGUAGUUAAGAGGAGGUACUUGCUGUUACAGAUCUCGGCAAAGUCAACGCUGACUUUCUUCCACAGCGCUGCUGGAGUGGUAACAUUCAUUAGGGUUCUCUCUUGCACUCAGCAGUAGUAAUCAAAUAUGUGUCACAUGACAUGACUCCACCAACCUUAUUCUUGGAAACCAAACUUUGCACAGUUUGGAACAUGAUCUUUGGAAAACUUCCAUGUAGAGUGUAGAGUGAGCUUGCCACAGUCAAGAAAGUUUGUGAUGUUGUUUUGACUACAUAAUGCCAGGUGCCUUUUUGAAUAGCCUCUGCUAUGGCUGCAGGGUUGGAUCACUCUGAGUGGUGGACUUGAUGUCUUGUGUCUUCAAGGUUUUUAGGGGUUGAAGAGGUUGUGGUGUAGCUGAUGCAUUCCUCUACCACUUUCUUCUUUUGGCUUGUUGUGGCUGCAUGUUUUGUUGGGUGUCGUGAAAGGUAUUCUGGGGGGUUUACCUCUCCCCUACCUCUCCUCAAUACUUGACUGUGAUCUGAUGUGGUUGAAGUCUUAACACCCACCUCUUAAUUCUUGCUGGAGGCUGGGAGCUUGGGCUGCUGUAGAUGGACACCAAGGGUUUGUGGUGUAAAUUGUGAUGGGCCUCCUGUAGGCAUAUAGAUGUAAGCUUUCACAAGUCCAAACCACUGCAAGAGCUUUCCAUUCUGUAGGUAAGUAGUUAAGUCAGUAGGUAAGUAAGUAAGUAAACUCUUUAUUUAAAGAGGUUAGCACUUAAUAGCCAAAAGGCUAAUAAACUUUUGGCCCUCAUACAAUACAUAUGAUAAUACUAAUACAAAGAUAGAAAUCAAUAAGUAAGAAUAAAUAUAUUAUUAUAGAAAUAGAAGAACAGUUAAAAAAUUAAAAGUCCCAUAGUAAAAUCCAAAAUAAAGUAGAUCUCAAGGAUUAAAUGACAGAGUCAGGAAACUAUAAAAGAGGAACCUAUUAAACUAUAAUAUGAUUCAAACUGUUAGUUUCUUAGAAAGAACUGCCUUAAGGCCUUUUCAAAACGUUUUUCUGAUGUCUUGUCAUAAGGUGAUAGGAAAACAGUUCCAUAGUUGACAUGUGGUAACAGUGAAAGUUUUACUGCCAUCUAAUUUAUGUUUAAACUUUGGGCAUACUAAGUUGUAAUUUGCAUACCUAGUGUUACAGGAGUGAAGAUCACUAUAACAUAUUAAAAGGCAAGUAAUAUACACAGGUGAUUCUCCUCUGUAUAUUACUUGCCUACAUUACAUACAUAUAUGUGUGUAGGUAUAUUACAUACAUAUAUGUAUGUAGAUAUAUUACAUACAUAUAUGUAUGUAUAUUACAUACAUAUUUGUAUGUAGGUAUAUUACAUACGUAUAUGUAUGUACAAAGCAACCUCUCUCCUCAGGUACACCAUUUUCCCCUUUUAGAUACAAUAAAGACAUGCUUGGGUGUCAUGUCUUGCAUUCCGAUGAUUGUUAAAACAGCACAGUUUCAGCACUGACAAUUUUUCAAAUAGCAGGUUUGCCUUUUAUGGCUUAAGCAUGCAAUUUUUCUGAACUCUAGAGACCCAGCUCUUUCUGUAGAUGAUUUCUAUGAGCUUUGAGUAAUUCACUUUUAAAGGUGGCUGGAAUUAUCACCAAGAAGGGAUUAAAUUGGGGCGGUAGUUUCUGGAUGCACUCAACCUUGCAAUGAAAGUAUACAUUUCCUAAUCCUCCAGUCUUUUGCUCUCCAUUCUGCCAGUAGGCCCAUCUUGUGCUUGAUAUCAUGAGGAGGUCUUUUGGUGGGUCGUGAAUAAAAAUGUCUUCACCAUGCCUCAGUUUAAGGACAACCUUACACCUGUAACACCUUUUAAGAAGGCUCAACAGGAAACUACCUUCUUGAACUGUGCAUGUUGAUGUUUUAGGGUUUUUAUUCUGCAGAUUGUGUGAAAGAAAUGAAUGAAGAUGGCAUUUUAGUUAAGAGCCAAGAUUAGUUGGUGGCUGCAUGGGAAGUAUGAUUUGAAAUGAGCCAACAGUCUCACCAGAUGCUACAUCUUUAUAAACCUCAUGUCCUGCAGGUCAUUUCUGAUUAGGAGUUCUGUUUUCUUUCAACUUGGUGCACAAUAUCACUAACAGCUUUAUUUGAUAGACUUUGUUAUUUCUUUGAACCAAAUUAGCUUAGGAUCUUACUAAAGUAAACACCAUAUUCAAUGCUUAAUGGUCAGUUGGAGAGGUGUUCAUAUAACUCUCCACAAUUUUCUUUUUUUUUGUUUGUAGCACCUUUCCUUCUUUGUGUUGGCUUGGUCUUUUUUGACCCAUGCCCAGGAGGGAGGUCCAUGUGAUUCAAGGCAUCCAUGUUGGGAGGCCUUUAGUUUGUUGCCUUAUAACAAUGAAUGAACUCAGUUGAUGAACAAUCCAUUUCCACCAAAACUAAAGUAUGAGCACAAAUGUCUUAAGCUUUAAAAUCAAUACAAGUGAUGCUGCACACAUAGUAUUUUCCAUGUUGCAUGGAAUGUUUCUCACCAACUGCAUAGGAUGAAGCAUCAAUUGCCUCAUUUGCACAGGCAAACUCAAUGGUGACAUUGUGGCUGCUUCAUCUGUGUUUUCUAGGUCUACAGGAAUUACUUCAACUGUCUUUACUGGGAGAUUGUGAAAUGUUUUUAGUGUAGCUUCUUGUUACACUCUUAUCUUCCUGUAAAAGACAGACUCCUUCAUUCCUAUUCCAUGUAGUUUUUGUCCAUUUUCAGCACUCUGAGCUCAAUAAGUGCUAGGUCCUCCUCUGUUCUCUGUCUUUUCACCACCAUUUGUAGUAGCCUCAUAAACUCUGGAAUGGAAAGCUUCCUUUUCCUUGUGAAUUGUUUCUCUACUUGUAGAACCAAGUUCAUGCAUUAAUUUCUGUUCUGAUCGUAUACACCUGGGACACCAGCCUAGACAUGGAUUGCAAUUCAUAUGUCAUCAUUUGCCUCAUAAUUUCUACCCUAUACUUAAAAAAGUGAAUAACAAAGCACUCUGAGAGUGAGUGUAAAGAAAGCUUGUGUGCUGAUAUGAUAUGCUGUAGGGAUUAAAACCCCUUUUUGCUGGUCAGAUUUAUUACAUCAUUACUGAUAAAGUGAGGUUGAUUGGUUAAUUGUGGUUUAUUGGCAAGAGCAGAGCAGGGCAGUCCACUCUCAUACUGGCAUUGAGGCCGAUUGCUGUACAAAUUGGGAAGAAAAAAACAUGGUCCUCUUCCUCUGAAAUUCGACCAGAGAAAAUGAUUAAGGCCUCUUAACUCCAAAAGAGAGUCAAUUCUAUUUGCUGCAGCUAAUAGAACUGUGUUAAACUUCUUACAAGAUUGUGCUGGGGAGGACGAAGGAAAAAAUAAAAAAAUAUACACAACCUUAUAUCAAAGGAAAAAAUUGUGAAUCUCAUUGUAAAAUAAUGCCAUUGAAAUGCCAAAAAAUUUUAAAUACUUUUUCUUUUUUUUUUUUUUUUGAUAAUUUUGUUUCCUAUUUUUGGCAGGAAAAUAGUAGUUUACUUUUUCACUUGAGCAGUUGGACUUGGUUUGAAUUGAUUUUCUCUAUCUUCAAAAAGGUUUUUCUUAUUCAUGUAAUAAACAACUUACUAACCUUGACUGUUUAUUUGUUAUAACAGGAAACUUUCCAACUGAGGCUUUGCUGUAAUGACUUUGCCAUGGCUUUGUUAAUACUGCAAGGCCUCAAUUUGAGAUUUUUCUAUUAUCAGUUUAAAUAGUCCUACCUGUUACAUAAAUGAAAAUCCUCUACAAAUCAGGGAGGAUUCAUUCUUGUAGAAGCCUCUUGCACGUUUAUGUAGACCUGUGCCACAUGAUCAUCAUAAUUUCAUUGGGAUGUGUUACAAAUAGGCUUCGUCUUGGUGGAAGCAUGGUAAAAUUGCUGUUUCAUCCCAGAUGGAUUCCAUGCAACAAGGUUGUCAGCCAGAACCUUUUUAAAGUGCUUUAUGUGUGGAAGGAACAACAUGAGCAAUAAGUUCUUGAGGCAGAUGGAAGAGGAUAUUCACCACUUUCUUGGGGGCCAAACCCUUAUGCAAUCCUAGUCAAUAGAUGGGAACCAUUGGGUCAUGUUCAAGUAAUCAGUGCCUUGUUCAUCUUCACUGCUUUUGCUGAAGUGGUUCAGCUGGUGUGUCAACACUUUCUUAUUGACAUUUUCAGCCACAACCUUAUGGAAGAUUGCCACCUCAGGAGAGCAAAAAUCUAUAUUGUUUUGUGAAGGGUGUAGUGAUCAUUCACUGACAUUGUAUCAAAAUAGUCAGAGAAAUGAACUAUACCCUUGAUUGUUAAGGGUUGUUUAUGGGUAAAUAUGUUCAUUAACUCGGUUGUUACCACGAAAAUUUUAUGGCAUGUUUAUUUGAGUGUCUCACUCUUAUGACUUUGAUAACUGAGUCGUACUCUCAACACCUCUGGCUCCUGUCUAAGCUUUUUGACCUGACCUUUCAUAAAUGACAAACUCAACUUGUAAUUACUAUCUAAGAUGUCAUGCCCCUCCUUCUAUUGCACCUUGAUGGAAUACCAAUUUCCGUUAAACGUGAUGUUGUCUACAAAUUCCUCGUAAACUCUGUCACUCUCUGCUAUCCCUAAUGUUUCUAAGUCCCAAAGAACCUUAAUGUCCUCUUCUAAUUUUCCCAUAAUUAUACUGUCUCUUCCUAUAAGAUAUACACUGACCGCUCACUCUCUCUCUGUUGACUGACUAGACUCUAAAGGACCAGAAACAACCCAUCCUAACUGUGUUUCUAUGCCUACCGGCUCACCCACACCUCCCCUGACAAAAUUACCUGUCUGAAAGCUCCAUAGAUAAUCCGCCCCUAUAAGAACAUCUAUCUCUAACUGCUCUUUGUGUCGGCAAACAUCAGGGCUCUAUGUUCAUCAGGUCAUUGAUGUACAUUCUUUGAAUGGCUGCCCUUUCUCCAUAACAUCUCUGUAGCAGCUCUGUCACUGCUUUAUAAUUCGCUGACGUAAGGGCAAAUCCAGUUAUCGCCGACUGUGCUGACACAACCAGAAGGCCGUGCAACUACGAAAAUUUGUUGAUGUCGGCCAAAGUCAAAUUUUUGUCAAUUGCGCUCUCAAAGGAGUCCCAAAACUCCUGCCACUCACCAAUGUUGCCCCCAAACUUCUGAACUUCAAGUUUCGGCAAUCUUGCCUGAACGGGAGCAGUUGGGGUGGAUGACCCUGGGACUUGAUGCUCUGCAGUUCUGCGGAGAGGCUGGGGGAUGAUGGCAGUGGUUCAUUUGGCAAAUUUGUGGCUAGCAGUUUCCCAAUGGUGGACAAUUGCAACUUCACCUCAAACCUCAGUUUGUUGGUGUCAUGUACCUCUGUGGACAUAUAUUUCUCAGUUGAAUCGUCAUCCACUUCUAUCAAUGUAAGGAUCUGGUCGCUCAGUGUAGUAACCUUCUCCAGUUGUUCUUGAAACGCUUCCUUCCACUGUUCAAUUUCAUUCUUUAUGUCUUCAGUAUAGUCCUUGAGGCAUUUGUCCACUUCAGAAAAAGUGUAGCUCAGAUAACUCUUGUGGCCUGCUCUUGAAUUCUUCUUGUUCUUAAGUUCACUCAUCUUCAUUCACUAUCUUCAUUCACUAUCUUUGUUCACUAUCUUUGUUCACUAUCUGGCUUGAAGGACAAAGGUUUCGCAAAAUUUCCCACUUGUGUUGCAGAGAAUUCUGCACACACUGGUUCAGUAAUCUUGGACUGUAUACUUUCUCUUGAUUUGGGCUUUAUUGACAACAAUUCAGCAUUACAUGUUUCGUUCUGUGCUCUAUCUACUCAAUUACAAUCUAAUCCUAGGGUUACAAAAAUGUUACAUUUAUUAGCUGAGGAAAUCCACACCAAGAUAAGUAGUUCCAUGUGGGAUUCAAGAUUAGUUCACAUUCUACAACGAUUAGUGGGUAUUAAUUUAGGCUGCUUAGUUCCUACACCCUUAAAUGCCCUGCAAAUACCUAGUUUCAUACAUCACUGCUUGCAGAACUAAUUUGAUUACACUAUGCCACUCCUAAUUACACAUUACUUCUAAUUGUAACUUUGACCGUGGACUUUAACCAUAACAAAAUUACAACUAACUUAAUAUGCAAUUAAAUUCAUAAUAUAUCUUAGUAAUCAAUUUUUGCUUGGAAACAUUUCACAACAAAUGGUUCAAAUAAUCUGAUUGGUUGAACAAGACUAAAGCUGGCAAAAAUAUCAAACCAUUAAAGUUCACAGUCCUCAAUAGAUAAUAAUAAUUUAAACUGAAAUAGUUUGACAGUCAAAUCUAACACUUUUGCCUAGAUUUUUUUUAACUAUACACCACUAGGAACAUUUAAUGGAGUUUGAGCAUUUUAACAGGCUGGACUGUUUUAUCCAGGUAGAUCAUUUUAUCUACUUAAACCCUUAUGACUGGUUGGACCAUUUUAUAAGUUAGAUCAUUUUAUCUAGUUUGACCCUUUUAACCCUUUUGGUUAUUUUAAUUGGUUGGCCUUGUUGUCUAGUUGAAUGACACCUUUAGUUAAAAAAUAAAUAACAAUCGCAACACCAGGAUAGUCCCAUCAGAACGUAAGGGUCUGCUAUCAAUAGGAGCCCUGGUGAAUAGGAUCCUCAAAUAAAUACGAUGCAUAAUACAAAAAUAAAUAUAAAUAAUACUACUAAUAAUAAUAACGGUGGCAAGAAUAAUAUAUAUACUAUCUAAAUAUCAAACAAUACUAUAAAAAUCUAUAUAUAUGCAAUGGUAUAAAAAUCUAUAAAUACGCACAAAACAAUAAGAAUCUAGUCAAUAUAAAAUAUUAUAGAAAAUUCGAAUUAACUUGACUAUUAUAAACAACACAUCCAUGAUAACAAAAAUAUUUUUUGGCUGUUUCAGUUCUAACGCAAGGCAAAUGAAGUAAAUUUCUCUGUCUUGUUCUGGUAUCAUUAAAAUUGAAAUAUUGCUUAAAAAAUUGAGGACAGUUACCAGAAAUGCAUUUAUUAACUAAUUUAAAAGUAUGUUCAUCUCUUCUCAACUGUAACUCAGGCCAUUUAAGAUCCAUUAAAGCUUUGUCACUAUCCAUAGAUCUUGAAACAAUUCUGGAUGUCCUUCUUUGAAAAUUAUCCAGCAGUCUGGCAUUACCCACUCCACAACAGUUCCAUACAGUGUUGCCAUAGUCAAAAAUUGAACAGAUAAAUGAUGGAUAUAACAUGUUGGCAGCAUGACAGGUUAAAUCUCUUCGUUAUCAAGAUAGCAGACCUAAUCUUUUGCCAGCUUUAGAUAAAAUGUACUGAAUGUGGGGAGCCCAAGAAAUAGUCUCAUCAAAUAUAAUACCAAGAUAAGUGAGCAUGUUUACCCGUUUUAAACUUUGUCCAUGAAAAUUAAUAUCAAAGUCUUCAUGUUUGGACAGUUAAGAAUGAGUUCAAAAUAGCAUGGCUUCAGUCUUGGUGGUAUUAAGAAACAAGCUGUUUACUUGAAGCCAUUCAUCCAAUGUAUGUAUGGAUGUAGUUGUAUCCUUUAACCCAGUUGAUUUAAUUCAUUGGGUUAGAUCAUUAUUAUAUUUGCAGUAGUUGAACAUGGUGGACCAAAGCUUACUGUUUUGGUCACUUUGACCAGUUGGACCAUAUUAUCUACAGGUCUGGUCUGACCAUUUCCUGGGGUAGGACCAGUUAAUAAAGUAAGGGCCAUUUUAUGGCCAUUUUAUGGCCAUUUUAUGGCCAUUUUAUAUUCUUUGACUGUGUCAUCUGGUUGGAAUUUUGUCUAGUUAGACCAUUUUAACAGCCUAGUCAUUUCAAUCAGUUGAAGUAUUUCAUUUAGUUAGACCAUUAACACAUGUUGGAUUCAGUUAUGUACAUUCACCAUUUUAGGUGGUUGGACCAUUCUUAAUGGUUGGACCAUAUUUGUGUAGUUACAAAAUUUAGAUAGAUUGAUCCUUUUUAACCAGUUAGACUCUUUCAUCUGGAUAGGCCACUUAAAUGAGUUGAAUAAUUUUGUUUAAUUGAUCCACUCUUAGUGGUUGGGCCAUGUUUAUAUUAUUAGAACAUUUAAUUGGAAUGGACCAUUUAUUUAGUUAGACCCUUUGACCAGUUGGGCCAUUUGAGCUAGUGAGCCUAUGUUUAGCUGGUUUGACCAGUUUGUCUGGAAAGUCCGUUUUAACCAAUUAGGUCAUUUUAAUCAGUUGGACUCUUUCAAACAGUUAGGCCUUUUAAACUUGUUGGACCACUUUAUCUGAUUAGAACAAUCACACCGAUGAGAUAAUUUUUCAUCAAGUAGUCCAUUUCAUGAAUUAGAACCUUGGAACUUGUUGGACCAAUUUCUUAGUUAGACCAUUUUUACUCAGAAUAUGAUGCCAUUUUCUGAGUUUCAGUGGGACCAUGAAUGUCACUCCCCUACCUGCUCCUUCCAUUAGUUCCUAUUAACUUUAAUGUUAAUCCCCUGACCAGUGUCUAAGGGUUUUAUUGUUGCAGUUUGUGUGUGUGUUUUUUUUCUCAAAACUGUAAGCUGUAUUGGUCAACCACUUCAAUGUAAAUUCAAAAAUGGGGCACCUCUACAAAGCAUUACACAGGUUUGGGAAUUCUUAAAGUUUAGAUGCUGCAUCUCCUAACAUGCAUUGUACUGAGUCAGACUAGUUCAACCUCUUUGACCAUUUUACAGUAUUGUGCAAAAGUAAUGCAAACACCUGUUGAUGAAAUUUGACGAAAUUGCUAGCUUUUUGAUGAAUUCUUGACCGAAAUGAAACUUUGAUGACAUCUCCACAAAUUUUCAAGGCAUUUAUUGUUUUAAAGGCAUGUAUUUAGUUAGACUAUUUGGACCACAUUUGGUCCAAUAGCAAUUCAAAUACCAUUUCAAACCAACCUUGGAUCAACGAGCUCGAAAUGCAGUCGAUUCUAUUUGAGCUCGAUCCAACUAUAUCGUACUCAAUUAAAAAGAUGAGUUCUACAAACUCCUUCUGGUCUUAUCGAGCUCAGUUUUUUGUUGAGCUCGGUUUGCCUCAUAUUCUAUUGAGUACGGUUUGUACUUGAUUUCGGGAUCACAUUUGCUCUGAGGUUGGUUUGAAAUGGUGCUUGAAUUGCUAUUCAAGUACGGCAAACAUAAAUUGAGCUUGUUUGCCCAGAUACCAAAUGUGGUCUGACUAUUUUAACCUGUUGAAAAUUUUACUUAGUUACACCAUUUUUUACCUGCUAGACCAUUUUUUGCAGUUCACCUAUUGCCACUGGUUGAAUCAUGUUGACUAGUGGUACCAUUUUUUCAAGCUUGCCCAUUUUAUCUGGUUGUAUCAUCAUAACUGGUGCAAUAAUUUUUAGUAGUUGAGUCUUUUUGAUUGAUUGGACAGAUUGGACUAUUUUAGGUUAUCACACCAUUCUAGCUUGUUUCACCAACCUCGUUUUUUAAGUUGGUUAAGUUAUUUUGAUGAGUUGGGUUACUUUUUCUGCUUAAAUGGUUUUUUUUAUCUGUUGGACUAUUAUGUCUAGUUGGACCAGUUUAACUGUUUGAAUCAGUUUGGUUAAACCAUUUUAGUAACAGUCUCCUUACUGGAACACUGAUGUAUUUGUAAAGCCUAAAAUCCUGUAUUUUGGUGCUUAAAAUUUGUACUCUUGAAUUGGAUGUCUUUCUGGUCUUUGCAAUCUCUGUCUGAUAUCAUACUUGUGAUUUCAAAUUAUGUGUGUGAAUUCAGACCAAAUUGCACUCCACUGAGUUUAAUUACCAUUGCCUAAAUAAAGUAUUUUAUUUUAGUCAUGUUGGUUUUGUUUUAUUUAGUUCUAGUUCAUGGAGAUUUCAGACUGGAAAAUUUGAUCUUUGAUCCUAGGAAGGUUUGUACUGUCAUUGCAUUUUAAUCACAACAAUAUUCCACUCCUAGGGUAGAAGGGUAAAUUUGCAUUCUUUUAUAUUUAUUGAAGUACAUGGAGUAAGUUUUGGUUAAUUUUUUGUCUACAUGUAAGUGCUAUAACAUGGAAUGCAUUAUAGACUCUUCAAGUGUUUCUGCAUCACAGCAAAAACUAGUUGUAUAUCUAGGGUGCACCACUGUGCUUCAUCUAAGCUAACUUGCAGUGCUAGUCUUGAUAUGCUAGUCCUUGUUUGUCAAUAAAAUAAGGUUGAGUGGUCCUCUCCACCUUAGUUUUGACUCAAUAAAACCACUUCGAUGUCAAACAGUGAAAAAGAGAAGUAGAUUUGAAUAACCUGCGGAUACCAAAUAUAAAUUUUAUUGACCAUCUUUUUAGUUAUGUGUGAAUGCCGUGUUAGACUGGGAGCUCUCUACUCUGGGUGAUCCACUACUUGAUCUAGCCUAUUGCUGCUUGCCCUACCAUUGGCCAAAGGAACUUGGACACAUGUCCUCAUUUUCAUUAGGCACAGGUACAGUGUAGCUCUUAUGUAACCACUCAUUGUUUUCUUUGAAUUGCUCCUUUUAUGUUGCAUUUGUGUAUUGUUAAAGAUAACUUGAGAGAACAUAACCUUCAAACAACUUGCUGAAACCUGACACCCUGACAAGUGAAUAUUCAACUUCACAUCUAAGUAGGAUAAACUUUUGGUGUUUAAAUAUCUGUCCAUUAACUGAGCACUUGAGCCCUAUUUGAAUGAACUAUAUUUUUAUAACUUUGAUGGUGAAAUUGUAUGUAAAAGUAUAACUUGCAUAUGAUAAAACUGUUGGAAAAGUGGUAAAUUGUUAGUAGGGCCACAAACAUUCAAAUAUGCAAGCUGGGAUGCCUAAAAAAGGUUUUCAGUUUGAUCCAUUCAUCCUGACCAAAGGUGGUAUAUUUUUCUAUUUAAAUAAUUCCUUAGCAACUAGAUAGUUGAAUUUAGCUUACACAGAAGAAUAAACAAUAUGAGUAGGCUUUCCUUCCCAGUUGUGUGAUAUCCACCAAUUGAAAUGUGGAUAUCUUGCCACUGUGGUUAUCCUACCUCAUCAUAGGGAUGGUCAGCAAAAGAUUCGUGGACUCCAAAUUCCCUAACUAUGCCCCCUGACACAAUAAAACACAAUUUGCUUUUCAGCACAGAGAGAAGAUUAUUAAGAAUAUGAACAAAAAGUAAACAACAGCCCAUGAUAUGCCUGAUAAACCUCUCUGUCAUUUAUGACAUCAUACAAAAUUAACCAGGGUUGGAGGGUGGGUGGGAAGAAAAAUGAAAUGGUACAAUACAAAAUCUCUGGUGUGUGCUUGAAGUGAAAACUGGUGUGAAAUGAAACAUGAAAUUCUUAGAGCCUGAUGCCAGAGGUGUGUGUUGUACAAUUAAUCCCUUUGAACAUGUGCUUGUCCAAAGAGGGUAAAUUCCCCAACUACACCGCCUGACACAAAUGAGACACAAUUUGCUUUUUGGCACAGAGAAGUUUAUUAAGCAUACAAACAAAAAGUUAAAAAACCACCAAUUACUCUGCACCAUAUGGAACACCCCAAAAAGGCAACUUUUCACUGUGAAACUAUGGAGCAGUAGAGAGAAUAGCAAAAUAAAGCUGAUGGACAAAGGUGAGCUUUGAUUCAACACGAAAUUCUAAAUAAGCCUUAUAUGGAUCACUUUCCCAGUCCCUAUGUCUGUAUGAGUUCACCCAGUAUGCUGUGAUUAAAGGCCCAAGAGGCUACACCGUGAUGAAAAGAAUUACUGAGAAACAAGGAAGCAUCUGGGAGACCAGCAACAGAAAUUGCUGGAUAAAACUAGGCAAUAAAACUAGCUUGAGUGAGGAUAGUGGGACUGUAAUGACUGGGCAAACAGAAUUAGGUAGACCAAGAAACUGGCCAUAUAGGAGAGCCUGGCAGACAUAACAAGGGAAUAUGCAAUUUAUACAAUGAAUAGUCUUAGAGCAUUUAAAAGUAACAAUCAGCCCAUGUUGGUUUGUGGUGACAUCUCUCUAAGUAAGAUGACAUGAACUAUUGAAGCACUAAUGGGAACAAGGUACUAUAUUGGCUAAUUGUGCCAUUAAAAACAAUGUUUAUAAAAUGGCAUAAAACUGUGUGGAUGAGAGAGGAUCAUUCUCAAAAUCUAAAACCUUAGAAAUCUGACACAAGACAUCAGGAGUGACUGGGGGAGCUCUUCAUGGGGUUUGCAGUGUGUUGGGCUGGAUGAUUUGACUGGAUUUGUCACUAGAUUCUUCCAAGCCGAGAUGAUACAGCAACUCUCUAAGCUUGUGGAAUUGAGAGGUUGCCAAAGUUGGUGGGAAAGCACCAAUAUAGCCUUUGAGAUAAUUAAAUGUUUUAAGGUCGUGCUGGUUGAGAAUCUAAGUAACUGCAAGAGUGGAACACUGACAUGCCAUCAUGGUAGAAUGGAGGCCCAUGGUUAAAACUGUGUCAAAGUAAACUUGACUGUUCCAUGUAUAACCAGGUAAAUGAUAAUCAUGUGGAUCAGUGGGGAAUUGGUGGUUCACUUUACAUAGAUCACACUUGUAUAGCAUACAACCCAGACUGAGAAAAACAAUUGCUAAGACAAAGGCAUCAAUGGUGGGAUAACUCAAUUCCAGAAGCUCUCCAAGAAAGUAACCAGAAGGAAUACCAUUGUUAACGGUGAGCCACAAGGCCAGCUCAAAUCAAGGAUCACUCUUCUUUCGUUAGUCAUGCUUGGCCACCUUGUUGAGAGGAGAAACAGGAAAGCUGUCAGGAUGUCAUGCUACUGAUAUAGUCUUGAACGGUGUGCCAAUGCGCCAUGAGGAGUAUGCAUUGCACAGAUAUUAAAGGAAAGUAUUGCCAACCUCCCACUAUCUAUUUCAGUGCAUAAGGCCACAGGUUACGAUGUUAUUGCAGACCCCAUAUGUAUGCUAAUUGAUCUCUGAAUCGCCAUACAGACAUUCCUUUGGGGAAUGUUGAUAAACUGGUUGGGAUCAAAAAGAACAAGGAAGUUGGAAUGACAAGAAUAGUUACUAAUCGAUAUCUAUACCCUCCAUUCUAGCUAAGCUUUUUGAAAAGUGCAUUUGUGAUCAAAUGUGUAAUUUUCUAAAGGAAAAUGAGUCGCUAGAACACCUUCAGCUGCUCCUUGAUUUGGACAGAAACAGGGUGUUGGGGCUUGUGUGUGGACAUUAGUCCUCAGGCGCUCACGAGGGAACUCCAAUCUGAGUACAUGUGUAGAUGUAGCACAGAUAUACACACAUAAACUAGACGCCAUGGUUACUAAAACCUUGUCUGUCCUUGCUUUAGUUGCAAGUCUGAGGAAGGGCAAACUUUCAGCAUCUCUGUUGUCACAAAGUAAAUCAGGAUGAAUAGCAAUUGCGACCAAGAGACAUGUAUUUGAUGGAAAUAAACUCUCUCUCAUUUAGGUCAUGUUGCCCUAUUUUUGCAUAAAUUCUGGCAUCUUUUGCCAAUACUUAUUUUGCACAGUUCCUACAUACACUGUUCGCUUCCAUUUUGAGGUCUUCCCAAUCAAGGAAAAUUUGUCACGAAAUUGGUGAGACACAACUUUCAAAUGAUGCGCCUAGUAACCCUUCGCAUUUCAACGCUUUCAGUAUUUCAGCUGGGUGGAGGCCUUGCUUGUGGAAGAUCUUGACUUUUUUUGUAGAAUAAUUUGAAACUUUGGCCAUGAUGACUACCAAAAGUAGAUUACAUAAAAGAUCCCAAAUACAUCGACACAAUUGAUACACUGAGUGUUGGCAUGAUUGCAAACAAAAUAGGUUGCGCGGAGGACUCAAAUCGUGGCAGGAAAUUCCAUGUGAGUUUUACAUAGAGCAGUACCAAACCACAAAUUCAACCAAAUCUUUUUGAAAGAAUGAAGAAUUGCAAGGAAUUAUCACCCCGAAUAUUCGCCACAUAGAACAAAUUUUUGCUCGAAAUUUCAAGUCGCAUUAACGCCAUCAAGAAAAAUGUUGCCGAAAGUUUAAGCCGUUCAAAACAAUACAAGCCUCGAAAAUUCGUGGAAAUGUCGUUGAAGUUUCGUUUCGGUCAGGAAUUUGUUGAAAAGCGAGGAAUUUCGUCAAAUUUCUUUGACAGGUGUUCGCAUUACUUUUGCACAAUACUGUAUGGAACUCCCCACAAAAUACUUUGAAGAAAGCUGGGGCUUUAACAAUCUUUUUAGAAAGGCCACCCAUAGUCAUUUUUUAUCAGGAUACAAUGAAUUGGAUCAUUUCACUCUGAAUGCAUAUUGAGUUUAUUUAGCUGUCCAAUCUUUUCUUUUUUUCCUCUUUUUUUUGCAAUUUUUUUAUUCCUCCCUAAAUUAGACCUGUAGAUAGUGUUUCUGUAUAUACUUAUUUCUACAGCUGUUGUUAGGAUAGAAGGCCACUAGUUUCUCAGUUGAAUUACUGUUAAGUGUUUACUCUAGUUGAAUAAAGUUUGUUUUUGCUUUUUUUGUUUUGUCUUUUGAUUGCUUGCUUCAUGAGUGCCUGCCACUAAAGGUGAAAUGCAAUUUUGACUGUAUAUUCAGUCACCAACCUUUUUCUUACUUGUUAUGGCAACCAAAGUGGGUGCUACAUGGAGUGGAUAAGCAAUGCAUUAGAGAGCUUUUUGUCUCUCUUUACAGGGUCCUUGGCUCCUGGAAUUCCAACAGAGAAGGAUCUUAUUUCUUUGUACUGUAAAUUUAGAGGACUUGGAGAUAUUCACCAUGAACAUUGGAACUUUUACAUUGCAUUAUCAUUUUUUAGAAUGGCAGCUAUAGCCCAGGUAAUGUUAUUAGAGUUAAAUGCCUAUUAGGUAGCCGCUCAGAAAGUGACCAAAUGUAGCUACUUGAUAGAGCUUGUUCACUUAUCAGGGGCCAUUUCAAUUUGUCAACAACCAUGGUUUAUUAUGGCAAAUAUAGCAUUACUUUAGUAUUACUACAUCUGAAUGAAAGCAUUUAUAUGUUAUGAACAUAACUUUGCACAAGAUGGAAAGAAACAUGUUGAACUCAAAUUGAUUGUGGAAAAUUGUGCUCUAUUUCAGAUACUUAGGGACAAAGUAGAGUUAACAUUGCAUGUAAUGUCCUAUUUCACCAAAAGUGGCCUUCUUUUUAAAACUCUACCCAUAAUUUUACCUUUUCUGAGUAAGAGCCUUUAAUCAAGGGAACUACUUUUAGAAAGGACUAUGUUAUUGGAGGUGUUAGGAAGUACCAUAAUAUUUUGAUCUCAAAUUGUGAUCUUGGCGAUAGAUGGUAUGUUGACCAGCUGUUACUAUUGCAUUCUGUGUUUAUAUAUCACAAUUCAUGGUAAAAAUUGUAUCCUUCAGGGAAUCUAUGCAAGGGCCAUCCAUGGAAAUGCAAGUGCUGAAGAUGCUUCUUUAUUUGGAAAUCUUGUUGAACCCCUGGCAUGUGCAGGACUAAAGGUGGCCCUUCAGGCCCAGUAAGUCCUAAGAAUGUUUUAUCACACCUUGUGCACAAAUCAUGGGAUAUGAGAAAAAAACUGAGCCACGGAGACUCUAUAGUGAGCGAGACCCAAUAUGAAGUUCAUAUGACAUGGGUUCAAUUCCUCAUGGGGACUCAGAAUGUUUUCUUUGUUCCACGCUCGUGACAAGACGGAAACCAUCUUUAUCUAUUUUUCUACCAAGCUCAAAACUUUCCAUCUUUUUUAUUAUGCUUACAAACAAAGCUUUAUUUCCUCAAGUUUUUUUCCAAAUGUGUGAAAGUUAUGUUAAAAUCAAUGCCACAUUUUUUUGGCAGUCUUUUAUACUAAUUUGUGUUUACUCUAAAUUAUCAAUGUUUCUAUGUGAUCCACAAAGCUUGAUUGGCAAUCUUUAUACCCAAUUUUGGGAACUUCUGUUGAAGACAAUUUUAGAAGUUCAUUAGUUCAUUGUUUUAUACCAAAUCAUUGUUGAAAGAAAGUAUUUCUUUGAUGAAAGGUCAAUAUUAACUACUUUUCCAACUUAUAUUACUUUUUCUUUCUUAUUUGAGAUCAAGCCAUGUAAGUAAAUUGAACAUGCCUAUGGAGAAUGUGUCCUCCAUCUUCCAGCCAUCCCUGAAGGCUCAAAGACUCUAUCAAAAAAUGAUUGCUUUUAUGGAAAAGUAUGUGUACCCAGCCGAAGAAGUAAGUGGAUAAACCAUUCGUACAAAUCACACCUUUAACAUGUAUCAUGACAUGACUUUUGUCAUCUGUUUUUAAAAGAAAGGAACUGGGUUGACUACUAUUGUCUAGCACCAGUAAUAGGUAGUAACUAAUAACCAGUAACUUAUUUGAAACAAUUUAUACUAUUUUGGGGUUAGACUGUUUUUGUGAGGUUUGUCUUAAGAAAAGUCAUAAUUACAAUUAAAGGUUACAUUAAGAAACAUUAGAAAUGUGCCAAAAUUGGAAUAGAUGAUUCAAAACCCAACAAUGAUAACAUAUAGUGAUGCUUCAAAAGUUAUUUGAAAAACCUCAGACUAUUUAACAAUCAAGCACCAUCAUAAUUGUUGAAUAAUCCCCUUGCUAAGAUUAAGUCAAGGGGGAUGAUUCAACAAUAUUCACUGAGCCUGAGGUGAAUGAUUGUUGUAGUAUAAUUACCUACCUAAGUGCUUUCAAAUUUUGUUGUAAUGUUGAAACCAUUCUGUUGUUUUGAUUACUUGUACCAAGUUAAAGAGCCAGUUUUCACUGGAAUUUAACAGGUUCAUGUUAUUCAAUCAGCAAAAACUUUACAUCGUUCUUCAGGGAACUGUUACUCUAAACCUAGUGGCAUCUUUUGUGCUCUUCAGAACUGAACUUUCUUUAUCACAGUCAUCAGUUCCUACCCUAACCCUAACCCUACACCCUAAGCAAUACAGGGCACCUGCUGUAAUCACCGUAUGCGAGGUGAUUAUGGCAAGAUAUCAUGCAAUCCUCAAUCAUUAACAGCAUGUGCAUCUAUAAUCACUAGAGCAAUUGAUCUAAUAUUAGUUUGGUUUAAUGGCAUAUUGAUCCUCUCAGGAUGCAAGAGAACAUGACCUUUUCAUGUAACCCCACCUUCAAAGCAAAGAUAGAGAGUUGACAUUAUGUACUGCAGACUGAUUUUCAAUCUAACUGCGGGUGCCUUUCAAGCAAAAUGAUGGUCAUGAUCAGUACAAUAAAGUUUUGCUUAAACAGAAUAAGACAAGCUGGGAGGGUCUGUAACUUAUGAACUAAAUCCAUUAACAAGAGCAGGUUGCAACAGUGAUAGAAAAGCUGACAACACAUCUUACUUUGCUAACAAGAUUAACUUGCCAUUCGUAUGCUCCUUUUAAGGUUCAGAAACCCAUCCUCCAUUUGUCAGACAAGGAACUAGUUUUACUUAUACUGUAUGUUUUUGUUAGUCUUACUAUCGGCAUGUGAGUAAUCCAGCGACCCAGUGGAGUGUCCCUCCAUUUAUGGAAGAUUUGAAGGUACUGUGUCACUUGAAUUUCUUUAAUCAUACACCUGCUGAUAUUUUCUGUCAUAAACAUUUUCCACCUUUUUAAAAUCUGUGAUAGUAGUUUUGAGUUACUUUUAAUUGCUUAGCUCUAGUCUUACUACUGAAAGAAACAGAGUUGCCAUGGCAUCUGGGUAACUCUAUCAAAGGAAAAAUUUGGGGAUUUUAGUGCAUUUUAAAGCAAAAGAUUCUAUUUAUUGGAAGAAAUUCUCCAGGUUUGUAAACAAAAUCAUCUAUUUUUUUCACCCAGGAAAAAGCUCAAGGGGAAGGUUUGUGGAACCUCUUUCUAUCAAGUGUGUCAGGUUUAAGUCAACUUGAGUAUGCCAUGCUAGCUGAGGUUACAGGAAGAUGUCCUUUUGCUGCAGAAGUCUUCAACUGUAGUGCACCAGGUACCUUCAUGGGUUACUUACUAAUAGAAGAUGCUUUAUAUAGAUCUAUAUGGAUCUACAAAAGUCUAUUCAGAUCUAUCUAUAUCUAUAAAAUGUGCAAAGACAGAGUUUGUGUUUAAAAGGGUACAGGUUAAUUGAAUUACAUGCCUCCAUCAACCAGAGUUCAUUUAUUUGGCCCUCCAUCCUGUAACCUUCAAAGGUUACUAGUGUAGCGGGGAAGACAAUCUGAACACACAAUAUAAAUCGGGGUUUAAUCAAAUGAAGUACGUAAUCAAAAUUACAUACAAAAAUAAGGAGAUAGGUUUGAAAUCACAGAUGUAGAGGGAAAAAUAAGAUUGAAGAUAGCUUAGUUAUGAUUGAUGGUAAUGUUGUAGCUGAAUUUGUGUGGUUUGAACUAAAAGAAAAUGCAGCAGAAACUUAAUUAAGAAAAUAUCCCUGAGAAAUGUAACACUAGCCUAAUUAACAAUGAAGCGGUUAUAAAGUGAACUGAAAGCAAGAAAUAAAUCGAUGUACGUAUAAAAAAAAAAAGGAAAUAUCCUAAAAGAUAAAUUAAAAAACUUACUUUGGUCUAGCUCCUAAUGAUUGUAGAUAAAUCACUGAUAGUGGAUUGUACAUGAAUAGCAGACAAAAUUGGUGGUGUCAACAGCAACUUAUAGCAAUGAAAUAUGAAAUAUGAUAUCUGGUACAUGUGCUUAAAUGAAACUGAUUGAAAUAAAAAACUUAUUAGGUAAUAAUCGUUAACCAACGAAGAAAUAAUAGACCAGAACAAACAUAACAGAAAAGUACACAAGUUAUGUGUUUCGAAACUAAAACAUCCUUUCAAUCCAUGUUAUUUCAAGCCAUUUUAUAAAUCACUUUGAUGAUGAGAUUGAGUAACCAUGAAACAUAUCUUCAAUUGAAAACAUUGAAAACUUGUGGUAGUUUUGUAAAGAAAGCAGUUGUCUGCAUAUACAUAGGAGAUCUAUAACAAAAACAAUACUAUUCAGGACUCUAAGCUCACUUUUGUUAAAUAGCAAUUUGGCAACCUAAAAUCAUAGAAUGGUUGCUUGAAAUAAUAAUUUACUAGGUAACUGAAAAAGUUGUUGUUGUCAAUCAUUUGGGAAGAUUUGUGGUAUAUAGAAUGGUUUAAUACUCCAACAACCAAGCAGUGAAAGACAAAUUUUUACAGGGGAAAAUGAUGGAGUUUCAAUGAUGUUUAUACAAAUGUAUAUCUCAGUUUAACUUGUGAUAGCCAUGCAGCAUUCAAAAUUAAGGGUAAGGCUUCUCUGUGAAUGGGUACACUUCAUUUGUAAUUUUUGUUAUACAUUCUUUUUCAAAAACAUUGCUAUUUCAAAAUAAAUGUGGAAUAUAUACACCUUUUCUUUUCCCAUGGAAAAGGUGAAGACAGAAUAAAUUAUAGGGACAAUAAGUUUGUCAAAAGGAAAGUACAAUAGUGGCUGUUAGAAUAACCUUUUUGGUGACAAUUAAAAGAAAAGGUUUAUUUACUUGACAUACAUUUUCAAAUUUCAAGGUUUUUGAAAUGGUUUUAAGGGUUUAUGUAUUACAUAUUAUACAUAUGAAAUCCUAAUGGACAAAAGGUUCCUCAUAUUUCUUGUGUUCACUGCAAGAACUGCUAGGAUACUUACAAUUAAAAGCCUUUGGUCAUGUUUUCAAUACCUGUGUUAGUUAUGUUCCGAUGUUAUCGUGGACAUUCAUUCAUUAGACAGUCUGUAGCUUAGGUUUUUGCACAGUAUUACCAAAAAAGUCUGAAAUUUUUUCAGGCAUACUCUCUGUAAACAUAAGUUAAGAUUACAUAAAGAGGCUUUGAAUAUGUUUACACUCUUCUCUCAGUUAAAUAGCUUCUCUUUUUUCUGUUUCUGUACAGACACUGGCAACAUGGAGGUCCUUCAUUUAUAUGGUACAACUGAGCAAAAGAAGGCCUGGCUUGAACCUCUUCUGAAAGGGACUGUGAGGUCAGCAUUUUGUAUGACAGGUAAUAUGUUUCAUUCCUAUAACUCUGUCCUCCGCAUAAAGGGAAAGUAUUGAGUUAUUGAAAACUUAGUUUCAUUUCAUUAUUUAAACUAAUAGUCCCUUUUUACAGUUGUGUGCUUGGUUGCCAAGCCUUUGAAGAGGAAUGAGGCUAAGGGUGACCUUGUUAUGAUACAAACCUUGCUGCUUUUCAAAUGCAAAUUACUUUGUUAUCAUGCUAACUAGAUACUGGUCUCUAUCACAACAAGGUCACUUUCAUCCUCACUCCAAAUCAAAGGCUUGGCAACUAAGUACACAACUGUACAAUGGCCUAUUAUGUCUAACUUCAACCAUGACAAUGGUUAUACUUCAUUUUACAUUUCCUUACUGUAGUGCAUUAAAAUUUAUAAGUAGCUUUAGCUAAGGUAUCUAUUGGUAAAACUAAAUGUAAAUUAGUAGGGUGCAAAUGUCUGUCAUGUGGGAUGGCUCUAAGGAAAAAUAAGUUUUUUGACUAGUGUAGGAAAGAUUCUGAGAAAGCUCUUUAAUUAAUCCCUCUGUUUGGCAAACUCAUAUUUUAUACCAAUAUAGCACGUCAGAAAAAGUUGAACAGGAUAUUUAAAUGCAGAUCUUUCUAAUGUUGAUAAAUGGUGUGAGGGAAACUGCAUGAAGAGAGCACUUCAAUAAUCAAACAGAUACCUUGUAGUCAACUACAGUGGGAGAGGUGGUGGGAGAUGCAUUGGUCCAAUGUUUAGUGCACUGACUCUGGGUUGAGUGGUCAGGGUUCGGCACAUCAAUGUGUUGUGUUCUUAGGCAAAGCACUUUACUCUCUCAGUGCCUCUGUCCAUCCAGGAGUGUAAAUGGGUACUGGCAAAUUGUUAGGGAAGCCUAAAGAAAUGCUGGCAAUAACCUUGCAAUGGACUAGCAUCCCAUCCAGGUGGUGCUGGUGAUGCUCCAAGUUGCUUAAUGCUAUGGAAACUUGGAUGAGCUCUGGCUGGAGAGGACCUCUUUGCUUGAGUAGAGACUUUAUCUUUUAUUGUCAACUGCUCAACAGAGUAACCCUGCAUAACUUGAAAGUCAAUGUUUUGGAAAAAUAAUCUGUAAUAUCUAUCAUGCCAGUGAUUAUGAACACCAAAAAGCAUUAGAAAACUGCUUGACACAGAAACAAUUGUACAACCCAAGAAACAAUGCAACCUGAGAGGAGCUGAUAUCUUAUAGCAGUCAAAGACUAAUACAAUGACUUCUAGCUGAAAAUCCUGGAUGUACAUUAGGCCAAAAUUAUGGAAUGCAACACCAGACAAAAUAGGAACAGUGCAAUCCUUGAAGGCUUUUAAAAGCAGUGCCAGAAAAUACAAAAUUUUAUUGGUAAACAUUUGUAUUGUUAUAUAUAUAGUUAUUUAUUCUAUUGAAAACUAGCCUGUAAUUGUUUCUCUUUAAUCCUUAAGUGUACUCACACAAUAAACCAGUAGUUUUGUUUUGGUGUAUGUAUGUAUGUAUGCAUGCAUGUAUGCAAAUGUUUAAGUCACUUGACUUAGUGGCUACUCUUACUUUUAUAAUAUUUCAGAACCAAGUGUGGCUUCGUCUGAUGCAACAAAUAUGGAGUGCACGAUUACCAGACUUGGAAGUGAAAUUGUUAUCAAUGGAACAAAGUGGUGGAGUAGUGGUAAAGAGCAUGAUUUCAUUCUUUUAAGUCACUCCACUAGAUUUGCAUUGAUGUAUGAAUGGUUUUGUUUUUAGGGGCAGGGGACCCACGUUGCAAGAUAGCCAUUGUGAUGGGAACUAGUAAAGCUCCUGGUCUAUCAAAGUAAGCUCCUCAGUUGUGUUUUUAUUAAAGUUUGUAAAAUGACUAUAAGGAUUUUAAAUUAUUAUUGUAAAGUUGGAAGGUAUAAGGGUUAUUUAACUUUUUAUUGUAAAAAUUUAUUGUUUACGGGCUACUGUGCCUGUGCAAUAGGAGCCAGGUCAUGGGUAUUGGUCAAAUCUGUCAAGUGCCCUGCUAUCAUCCUCUCACGUUGAUUCAUCCUGGGACCCUUCUCUUCAGCUUUAACAUCUGUGGGACCUACCAUGUGUUCCUAGACAUUUUUCAGCUCAAUUUUGUGUGGAUGGUACCAAACUUCAGAUUUCAUUCAAGUUGGAGCCAUUGUUAAUGCAAUGCAUGACCUAAAUUAUGUUCUUCAAAUGAGUAACUGGUGUUUUAAUGACUUUCCCCUUUUAUAUCUGGAGAAAAGAAAGUGAAUAGAACUAGGAAGUAGACAACUGAAAACCAAACUCAGAGAAAACAAACUUUUUUUAACUGCACAUUACUUAAAUUGUAGAAUUAAACCAUUUGUACUCUACGAUAUCAAAACUCCAAUACAGACAUUUUUGGUUACAGUACUAACAAUGGUUUUGAAAAAUCAUGCUCAUGUAAUUAACAAUCUAGAAGAAACUUAAAAGAAUCAAUCACCACAAAACAUGACUUACAUUACUUACAAGGCCUAACAGUGUUUGCAUUGCCUAACUGCAUAAUAAACUAUACUCACAGAGCUAUUGGUAUAAGUGUAGUAUACUAGUAUACUUGUUCAGUACUGUCAAAAAGUGAUGCAAACAAUAUAUUGACAAAAUAUUUUAGCUUUAAUUCCUUUGAUAUCUUCUUCAUUGUACAUGCACCAAACUAUGCAAAAGUAAUACAAAUGACUAUUGUCAAAUAUUGCACUCUAUUGGCACUUCCAAACAAUAUAUCAACAAUAUAUAAGAGCUUUCCUGUGAUGUUUUGUUCUAGUAUACACGUACAUGUACCACACUAUGCAAAAGUAAUACAAAUGAUUAUUGUCAAAUAUUGCACUUUAUUGACACUCCAGAGCAAUAAAUUGAGGAGAUAUCAGAGUUUUCCUGCAAUAUCUCGUUCCAAUAUACAUGUACAUGUACAGCACUAUGCAAAAGUAAUGCAAAUGAUAGUCGUCAAAUAUCAUGCUUUGUUCUUGUGAUAUAUUGGCAUUAUAUCAGCAAUUUAUCAUGCAUUCUAUUGUCACUUCAGAACAAUAAAUCAACAACAUAUUAGAGCUUUCCUAAGAUAUCUCAUUCCAAUUAUAAAUCAUCAUAACAAUACAUAUAUUGUAUAUGUAUUGUGCAAGUGAAAUUUUUCCCCCACUUAGCAUAAUGUGCUAUAAACAAUUUCCUUCUGUGCUCUCAUUGCCUUGGCAAAAGUAGCAUUAAGUGAUUGCAGUCAAUAGAUAAUCAUACUAAAAUCACUUCAAUAACUUGUUUGGAAACAAGGGAAAUAUUUACAGGGUAAUUUAGUGUUAUCAACUGAGGUGAAAUUGUAAAUUGGCCACUGUGAAGAGUUUAAAGGCAAAUGUCAUUUACUGCAUAACUUGUAUGUAUUGCAAAAAGUCAUACAUUGGUAAAACAGGCAUGUGACCAGGUGACCGCUUCUGAGAACACCUUCACAACAUAGAUAGAAAUGUCAAGGAUGCAUCCAAACCAGUCGCUAGACACUCAAAUAUCUCUAAUCAUUCUAAACAGCAUAUGACAGUUUGUGGCCUUUCCCUAAACCUAAGUAGUUCGGAAAGCUGCGAAACUCUAGAACAAAUAACUAUCUUCUAAAUAGGCACUCUUAAUCCCCAUGGUAUCAACGAAUGCUUUUCAUUCUAGUAAUUUAUUCUUGUUCUCUCAUCACCAUAUUCCCACCAAUAGCAUAGCUCCAUUUUCUGCAUAUAAACCCACACUCAACCCACAAUUCCUCCAAUUGUUCUGACGAAGGGCUAAUGCUUGAAACAUCAGACUUAAAACUCUUUACAGUGGCCCAUUUACAAUUUCAACUCAGGUGAUAACACUAAAUUACCCUGUUAUACUCUCCCACCGACACAACAGCUCAGUUUCUUUAGAAACUAACCCCUUUUAUUCAAGGGAAAUAUUUAGUGUGAACAUAUCAAUCAACAACGAUAGGUUGUAACCAAAUGAUUUUGGUGAAGCAUCAAUCACAGCACCCUAUGGUUAAAUGACAAGUACAUAAAGAACAAAAGAUUAGAACAGCUGAGCAGUCUAAUUUACAUGUUUUUCCUUUUUAUUUCCCUCAGAAGCUGGUGUCGUUUUCCUAUGCUUACUUAACAUGUAUCACACAUUGGUUUGUUUCUUCUAUGCUGUGGCACUGAUAGGAAAAGACCUUGAAAAAAAGGCUUCCUAACAUUUCUAUGAGAUUCUGCUCAGAUUCAGCAGAAAUUUUAAUUUCUUUUCAAAGUACUGUUUUUAUGAGAUCUGCCUUUCUCUCCUUGCAUUAUGGUAACUGCUGGUUUUCCUAAAUUUGGAGUUUGCUCCUAUGGAGCUGGCACCUUGUUGGCUACCUUGAACAUCAAGUUUGCUACAUCAGUAUACCCAGCCUGCUACUAACAAUUAACUUCACUGCAUACCUGUUUAAAUCACAAUACUGCAAGAAAGUUGAUACAAUACUGAAUGCAUAAAAGUUCUCUAACACACAUAACACAAACUGCAUUUUCUGAAUAAUGACACAUUUUAUCUAUUAAGUAAACUGAACUUUUUGUUUCUAAAAAGCAUGGGAUCUCUCACUACUUUCACUGGUAAACAUUCAAAUUAAUGAAAAUUCCUGUUUGUCAUUGUGAGUUUAAGGUUGAGUACAGGAUACAAGAGUAAAAGUGUGUUGACUUACCAAGUUCAAUUGACAUAGUUUACACUCUACAUGAUAUAUUGUACAGCUUAAACAAUAUAUCGCUUACUGUAAAUGAUAGUUCAUGAGGAGCUCAAUGAUAUGUCAGCAAUUUAUCACAGCUGUUAGAACAAUAGCCCUAUGAUAUAUGCUGAUAUAUUUUUUCAACUAAAAUAUGGCUCAAAUGUUGUGGGUGAACCACAAUUCCUGCUGAAUUACUUUUGCACAAUACUGUUGUGAGUAAACUACUCAGGUUAUGUAUAAUUGAUGCAUAUGUGAAAUGAUCUGAUAGCAUGGUAAAAUAUCUUGGUGAGUCUUCAGCUCCAAUUAAUUAAGUGCUGCAGGGUUAUUAUUCUAAAAGAUAAUAUCAAAUAAUCAAGGAAAUAUAGCUCAGAGAUAUUUAGAGGUAAAAUCGUGGCUGAUACACUUCUUUUGUCAAAGAAGGGAAAAAAUAGCAGCCAGAAAUUGAUAUACAGGUUAAAAUAAUUAUAAUAAUAUUAUUUAAUAUCAUCAAGAAUUUCACUCCAGAGACAGGGAUUCUGCUGAACAGAACUUACCCCACCAUCUGGGUAGGUAAAGAUGUCAGAGCAAUGUUGGUCUGUUUUAUGGAGCUUUUGCUCAAUUCAAAGUUUGCUCCCCUACACCCUUUGCUAGUCACUCCCUGUAGAAAAAAAAACAUUUUCCCCUGCCUUUACUAGUUUACCCUCAAACCUUUCAACUCAUAUCCAAACAGCCGAAUGUACUAAUUUUCUUACAAAGUCAUACUGCUUUUGGAUCAACAUGCAAUUUACGGUGAAAUCAUAGCACAGUUCAAUCAAGAUGUAAACUUUUUGGCAUGCUACUAAAUGGCGGAAAACUCCUACACAAGUUAUUCAAAUCCACUACAUUACUGUGGUUUUUUUGCUAACUAUUUCCUGCUUAUGUUCCCAACAAAAAUCACGAUCUACUUCAAGAGCAAACUAAACACUCAGGCUCCUUCAGUGUCUGGCAAAUAUUCUCAGACGAUGAAUGACCACCGUAUGUAUGCCGUAGUUUGAUACUGGUAUUUGUGCUUUGUGGAGUCCAGUGUUUCACUGACUUAGCAUGCUUUUUUAGUCAAGUGUUUGAUUUGGAAAAAAAAAGAAGCAUUUUGACUGAAAAAUGUAUUAUUUUGACUGAGAAGCAAUAUUUUGUGCCAUAAGGAAACAACAUUUGAUAUUUGGGGGGUGAACUGUUAAAGGUUGGGGCAGACCUGUUUUCUUUAAGGGAGGAACUUACAAAGGCUGAGGGGAGCAACCUUGUGAGGAGAAGGAACUUUCAGUUACCCUGAGGGUCUAAGCCUUGACUUGGCCUUACCCAUGUUCUCCAACACUUCAGGAAAAAUGUGGCCAAACUGUAAUUGGUUCAAAACUUUGAUGCACAUAUAAUAGUAAUAAUAAUGAUAAUAUUAACUAUUUAUUUGGCAAAAAUAGAUUAGCUGGUAUAAACCUAUGUGUGGUUGAUAUUUCAAAUUAGUGUUAGCAAUGAAAAGAUAUUAAAAACCAAAAGGCAAGAUUUGGUCACAGCUGUUAACAGCUAUGUAUAUAUAAAUAUAUAUAUAUAUAUAUAUAUAUAUAUAUAUAUAUAUAUAUAUAUAUAUAAAAGAAAAAGUUGAGAAAAACUAUAUGCUACAUUUUUGCUGUAUUCUGUCUUGCUCUAACAAAUAGUGAAAUGUUUUUUACAUAAAAGUUCAUAAAUGUAAGUCUAGCCCACAAUUCGAUCUUUAGUUAAAGUGCUCCAUUUAUUUCCUGCUGGAAAUUUAAAUGUAGACUGGCCUAUAGCAGAUUUUACUUUAGGCAAGUGAAUUUCUUGGGUACCUCCACAAAGUUCUGAUCUGAAAUUCAUGUAACUCUGAAGUUGCAUGGGACAAUCAUGGUUAUUAACAAUUUUAAACACUGGCUGAAGACGCAUAUAUUGUCACCUGCUGGAUAAUGUAAGAAGUCCUAAUUAUUUGUCUCUUAUCCUUUGCGUGCAAGUCAGAAUGUUUGUCCUUAAGAUUAUUCUCAAAGCUUUAUUCUGUAACCAUUCUAAAAAAUCAGAUUUCUUCUUAGUGCAGGAUCCCUAUAUGGUAGAACCGUAAUCUUAAAUAGGUAAAAUUGUCACUUUAUAUAUCUUCAAAAAGGACAGCUGGGCCCAAAAAAGACAAAAAUCUGUUUAACAAUUUAACUGUAGGGUAGACUCUGGAUGCUAUGUAAGAUAUGUGACUGUUCCAAGAUAAUGAUUCAUCUGCUAUCACACCAAGGUGCUUAAAAGAUCUCUUCUGGUUUAGAGUUGAAUCACCGUAGAAUAUAUUUAGGUGUCUGGUGGUUUUGACGGCCUUCUGUGAAGCAAUCACCAUUGUUUCCGUCUUUUUUUGUGUUGCAAAUGAGACCGUUGUCGCAGAAUCAUUUAUUUAUCCUUUUGAGAUCAUCAUUAAUCUUGUACACAACCACAGAAACAUCUUUGGAACUGGAAUGAAUCUCUGUGUUGUUUCUAUAAAGUGCAAUUUCUGAAUCUUGAUAUGCUUUAGAUAUGUUGUUCAUAUGGAUAUUGAACAAUGUUGGUCCCAAGAUCAACCCUUACGGCACUCUGAAGAUUCUGAAGUUCUGAAGCAGAGUCUUUACAUACAACACAUUGUGAUCUUCCUGAGAGGUAGCUCUUAAACCACUGGAGUGUGUUCUCUUUUAUUCCAUAAGAUUCAAGUUUGGCAAGCAGGAUGCCGUGCUUAAUGACAUCAAAUGCCUUUGUUAAGUCUAGGAAAAUGCAAACUGACUCAAGACCACUGUCAAUGGCAAAUUUCCAUAAAUCCACUACUUUGAGUCAAGCCACUGUUGUUGGAGAAAACUUUGAACAUGCAAAUUGAUGCUGUUCUAUGAGACCAACCUCAUUAGCAAAAUUCUGUAAGUCUAUGUUCACAAAAGACUCCAUGAUCUUAGAAACCCAGGGCAAUACUGAAGUAGGUCAAUAAUUGUCACAGUUAGCAUUAAACUUCACAGCAUUUUGGGGCUUAAUGGAAUGUGUUGAAAGAUAUCAAUGUUCUGUAGGUCUAACAGUUGGCACGUUUAGGACUCCAAAAAUAGGUAAAUGGUCACUAAAUGAGGUAGAAAGAACACCAGCUAAUUUAAAUUAAUCAGGGGUUGAUGUUAUAAGUACUUCAAUUAGGGAACAGGUCGAACUUGUCACUCUGGUGGGCUCUGUUAUCAAUUGUGUCAGUACAUUUGCCAUCAGAAACUCUUCCAUUCUCCCCAUUUGUUGCAAGGUGUUAUUUAAACAAUUGCAAUUUAGAUAACCAGUAAUUAUCACCUCUUUCCCAGACCAAGUUUCUACUCUGACAACAUCAUUGAGAUAAUUAAAGAAAUCAUCCACAGGAGCAUCUGGGGCUCUGUAGACGCACCCAAUGACAUACUUGGUUUUAUUUAUCUUCCCCUCAAUCCAAAUUGCUUCAAAGUCAUGAUCCUCUAGUUCAAGACUAUGUUUGCCACCACUGCCAUGCACCAACUGAUCCUUCUGAAUUACUCUAUAUCCUUGAAUGUGAAUUUUGUCAUCGGAGAUGGUGUUGUUUAGCCAUGUCUCUGUGACAGCAAUAAUAGAGGGGUGAUUAUAAGUAAAGAUGAGUCUCAUUUCUUCAAUAUUUGGGAGCAGGCUCCGGCAAUUUAAACUAAUCAGCCAGUCUGAUUUCACUCUUGCUUGCUCAUGUAUAUUUUGCAGUACACUUUGGCUUUCCAUACUUUCCAUUUGCCCUAGAUUUACAGCAACAUCACCAUUGAGUAUAAUUGUACGAGCUGCAAUGGAAUUUGCAUAAUAUACAACAUUCAAUCAUAAUUGCCUUUCCAAUGAACUUAAAGCACAUAUAAACAUAUCUAAUCUCACUAUCCAUUAUUUCAAACCUUUGAACAUCCCCUUGUAUGGCUAGGGGACAGAGAUUCAGUGAGAGGAUUGGAAUAAUCUUUGUCAUUACCUUAAAACAUACAGACUGUGUCCUCUUUUAAAUUCAAGCUUGAAUUGAGGUUGAUUGAACCUUUUUUCAAUACUCAUUGAAGACUUUUAAAUAGGCAUUAAAUUCAUAUGUUUGAUGUUAGUAUUGACUUACAUAUUUUCAUGUGUUUUUUUGGAUAGUUUCAUUUUUGUCUCCAUUAGCAAUACUGUAUUGUCUUUGACACUCUUUUUGGAGAGUUUCAACAAACUUUUGGAUACUUAAACAGCUACUGUUUAUUUAGAUUUAUUUUUAACUGUUGAUGAUCAUUGUCAUUCUCUCAAAGCCCUUGCAGACUCAUCUACUCAAAAUAUCUCAGUUUGUAUAGCUUUGUUCUUAUUGCUUAUUAUUAUAUCAAAAUCUGAAAUUCAUUUCUGUUCAGUUGUGCCUCAGCAGGAAUAAGAUGUUUUGUUCUAAAUAGUCAUUUAGUAAGACUUUGUUUUAAUUUUUGUUAAUAAGCAAAUUUCUUUGAUUAUAUCACAUAGGCAGUAGAUUUACUUAAUUGAACUGUUUCUUUCUUUCCCCAGACAUAAGCGUCACACCAUGGUGUUGGUUCCAUUAGAUACUCCAGGUGUAACCAAAGUCAGGUCUCUUACAGUCUUUGGUUACAAUGGUAAUUUUUUUACUUUACUUUUACUUUUAUGGCCAAAGUUACAGGAAAAUUACAGCAGUUACUGUAAUGAUUGGAUUUAGUGCCCUCCUUCCAAUAAGCACCCCUCUCAAAAAAGUGCCCCCUCAAAUUCGUUUUUGUUUAAAAGUGCCCCUAUAGAGUAAGCACCCCCAUUCUAAUAACCACCCUUAUUGGAUUGUACCUAUUUAUUAUAGAAAAUUUUUAACAGACAUACAUACCUUUAUUUAGUGUUUUACAGUCCUCACAAAGGAAAAGUUCUUCUAUUAUUCUGUUAAAAAAAAUUGUGUAAGAUUUUGAAUUAUGUCAUAAUUAUCCCUUACCACACUACACUUACACAACACAACAAGCAAAGAAGACAGUGAAUUUGUUUGGCUCAAGGAAAGCCCCUGGUGCAGGAGUGAUGGCUAAGAAACAACUGCAAUGAUGCAAUGAACAAAACAAAGUGAUCAAAUGUUCACUAAAUGUCACUCAACAGUUAGCCAGGGGCAGCAUGUAGGCUUACUGAUUUAUUCCUCUAGCAUUACGAUCAAUUAUCCCCACCACACCACACUUGCACGACAACAAACAAACAAGAUGGUGAAUCUGAUUGGGAAUCUUUAAUGAGGAAAUGAAAAACCUCCAAGUAAGGUCAAAGAGGCCUCGACAAGAUUCACUAUAGAAGGAAGGAAGAUGCAAGGGGGAAGGAUGGGAUGCUAGAAAAUGGGUCAGGAACUAAGCACAAAGGGAGUAUAAGAAAAAGGCCUGAGAACUUGACCUAGUUAAAAAGCUUGGAUGUGCUCAAAGACAAAGUUUGAGGGCACAAGUGUGGCUGCCAAAGGAAGAGGCAAAUACAACAUAUAGGCAUUGGAUCUCCAGUCUCCUUGAAGCUUAAGGAGUUCACCUGGGAUGCCACACUAAAAGGCAAAUAUUGUGCUGCCAUGAUGCAGACCAUGCCCUGAGUAGUCCUGGGGAUCCAAAGAAGUUAGGAUGAUGCAGGUGAGCUGCUGUGAGGUGGAAUUGAAGGAGAAGAGAGGAUAGGUGUCAGGUGCUGGAACAAUCUGUAGUAAGGAGCAGAGAGAAAAUUGAGCAUUCAGGAAGCUUUUGACAGGAAGGCUAGUCAAGUUUUUCUUUUUAUUAUGGUAAGAAGGGUGCCAUAACUUUUGAAUGUGAUACUGCCUCUAGGAAGUGCAGUGCAUGCAGAAAAGGCAUGUAAUGAACAAGGGACCAAAUGUGUUGUGCAAAAAAGUGUGAAGAAGCCAGCCAGUCAGUCAGACAACAAGCAUAGGUGGAAGGAGUUGCAAAGGUUAACAUGGGCAUUGAAAGGGAGCAGGAUGGAUGGAUGGUGUGAGGGGAACUUUGUGAUUAGGAAUGUGCUCCAUGGGCUUCUCCAAACAUUUCAGGGUCAGUAUUACAUUGUGAUGGUCCACAUUUUGAGCAAAAGGAUAGAGAGAGAGGCUAAAUCAAUAAAUGGCAGACAAGUAGAGUGAAAGAAAUGGCUCUUGAAAAGGCAGCCAAUACCAGUAAAGCCCACACAGAGUACUUCUGUUGAUCCAAGGAGAUGAACUUAUCAAAUGAUAUGCUGGAAGGAAACAUUUCCACCAGUGUAGAUCAGAGAGAUGAUCCAGGCUGGGUGAAAAGUGAUUAAUUUUUUUGGGAAGUUGACUGAGCAUGGAGAUUCUUUUUGCUUAAUGCAAGGGUAAAUGUGGGAAAGCUUGCAAAGAAAUGAAUAUGAAUAAAAUUUUGUGGUGCUUGGUUAAUUUUUUUUUGGUUUUUUUUUUUUUUUUUGGUGCUUGGUGAAUUUGGCCAAUGACAAAUGAGCUAAGAUGUACAAGGAAAUUUGUCACUGUGUCGUUAACUUGACCAAGGAAUGCCAUUCUUUUGAGAGAAUGGCAAUCCUUGGCUGGGGUAUGAUUCCAAACCCAGGCUGCUGAAGAGGUCUUCAAGAUCUUGAAAGGCAAGUGAGGCAUCUAUGCAGGACGCCUUGGUACGGCCAAAGUUGUUGGUGAAGUUGACACACUAGUGAUGAUAGGUUAAGCAUAAAAUGGCAUUUGUGGUGUGCUUGUAAUGGAGGGUGGCUGACCUCGGGCUAAAAGAGGUUGAAAGAUCCUUAAAUGUUUCAUGGGAAAGGCUGCAUGGAACAUGUAAAUGAGGCCAUUCUUGUAAUAAAAGUUCGUUAAAACAAAUAACGAAAUUCGCCAAAUUCUGUUUGCAUUACUUUUGCACAAUACUGUAGGUAUGAAUGUAUUAUGGUCAAGUUGACCUUGUAAUUUACUGCCAUUGUUUCCAGAAAACAAAGUGCAGCAAAAGGAAUUGUUGCAGGUAUUCAAUUACAAAGGGAUGAAAGAGAGUGGGCCUUUGCUUUAAGUACCAAGCAGCGUGACUCAGUGUUGAGUUGAAAUUAAAACUUUAGGUUAAUUGCAAAACUGUAGGAAUACUGUAAUUGUGUCAAUAGGAACAUACUUUUCCAGUUAUUUCAAGUUAAACUUUAUAAUUUAGAAUUACAUGUGACAUGAAUAAUCAGGCUAUGGAAAACUUAGUAACUUACCUUAAGGUCCCCAAAAUUAACAUGUUUGUCUGGGAAAGUAUAAUUAUCUUACUUAAGACUUAGGCACAAAAAAUGGACACACCAUCAGAAUCAUGUAUUAUGUUGUGUUUCCUUGCUUUCCAGAUGCUCCACAUGGCCACUAUGAGAUUGAGUUCAAAGAUGUUCAUGUACCAGUAUCCAAUAUUAUAUUGGGUAUGUACAUACACAGGUUACUGUUAAUUUUUUUUAAUGUUAUAUUUUCAUUAUCUCCACCAAAUUCUAGCAAACAAGAAAAAUAGUCAAUCAAGGACUGCAUGUGGCUACUGAUAGGGUACAAUUAUUAUACAUGUAGCAAAGAACAGAAAUAGAUGUUACAUGAUGAUUUAAACAGGUAGUGUUGAAGAAGAUCUAUUCUUACACACCACCAUGUCCUCACCCCCCCAAAAAAGUUAGAAAACAUAUAGUAGAUAUAACAUUUAACACUCAGUAGGUUAAUCAUUGCUGUUGAUCACUUGCUAGAACAGUACAGCAGGCCUUUUCAAGUAGCACACUUUCUCAUUUCUCUGUUAACUUAAUAUGAAAAACUUUGACUACAUGUUAAAUUCAAGAUGUUGUAUUUCCCACCUUGUUCACUUUACAAAUUCUACUUAGCAUAAUUUAGGUUACUAAAACAGUGAAGUACUUUCUCCUCUGAGACAAGAUCUUUGUUCAGUUUCUAUGAAGCACCAAUCACACCUAUUAGAUUUUUCUGUACGAAAAAUUUUUCUUUUUAAUCACCUGUUGGCAAGAGGCUAUUGUGAAAUGAUUGUGAGAUGUUCAUUGUACUCUGUAGUGUCACAGAAGGACCUGAAAAAUUAUAUCUUCAGUUUUUACUGAGCAUAAUUCACUGGUUGUAAAGGUGAAAUGCUUUCCCUUUUAACUCAGAGACAACACUCUUCAAAAUUUUCAUACUUCGUCAGUCACACUAAUUCCAUUUUUCAGCAAGAAAUAGGGGAAAAGGGAAAAGAGGGCAUUGCAAAACAAUGAUGGUCUUCUAUAGCAUCAUAGCAAGCACUGAAAAAAGCAUUGUUUUGUUGCGUCAAAAUAAUUAGUUGAGAUAGUAAAAUUCUUGAAAGUUUGCAAAAAAUAAUCCAUUUUAAGGCAUUCACCUCUCUGUAAAGUGAGAUGUACCCAAUUAUUGCUAGAAAAAAUGUCAAAGCAGGAAAAUACAUAAUUGAAUUGAAGCAACCAGCCAAUAAACUUUGACUGUUCCCUCAGCUUGUGUUUCACAUCAGAUUUUAUGUAAUCAAAGCAUUUUAUUGUGGUAGAUUUAUGGAAUCUUUUUAUAUUGAACCAAAGAGUUCCGUUUAUUUAUUUAUUUAUUUUUAUUUAUUUGUUUUUUUAACAUUUAUUUAGAUUUUCACUUAAAGCACAAAUACUAGAGUAAUACAAACAAAUACAAAGUUAAUUACACUAACGCUUACGCUACUCACUAACACUAAUUACGAAAUACUACAUUACAUUACAUUCACAGUCGGCUAGAUUUAGUUUAUGUUGUGGUUAUAUAAUAAUAUAAGCCUAAUUUGUACAAAUACUUCUACAUCAAAUUCCUUUUUUGGUAGAACGACUGUAUAUACAACUGCGUCUAUAACUGUUAAUACCCGAUACUCAUCUAUUGAGUUACAAUAACAUGUUUUCCCAUUUUUUAUAAUGAAUAGAUUCUUUUUUAUUCUUUUUUGCAAUCAAAAAUUCAAAUUUCCGAGUUUCAGAUGUUUUAGCCUUCAGUAAGGAUACAGACGGCUUGAUAUUUUUACAACGACAUGAAUAAAUGGUAUAUUUUCCAAGAAUGAUUAUGUGAUUUAACAAACAAUUCCCAGGGUUAUUAUUGGAAAUACCAAAGAGGAUUGUUACCUCAUCAAGCUUAUCAAUUUUCAUAUUGUAAGUAUUUAACCAAGAAAUAACCGAAAGCCAAAAGUUUUUAGUGUAGGUACAGCUGAUUAGAAGAUGCUCAAGAGUUUCUUCGUUAUCUCCACAAAAGGUACACAUCGGAGAAGGAACCAAAUUCAUUUUGUGGAGAUCACGAAGAAACUCUUGAGCAAUAUUUUAGGUAUAAACUGUAAAAAGCUUGUGUUAAAGGUGAAAAUUAGUGGAAAUAAUUCAUGUAAGUUCUUAGAUAUUUUCAUGAGAUCACUGAUAAUGUGGUGGGUUACGAUCGAGAAGCCAGAACUUACCAAAGUUGAAGCAGAAAGAUACUCCAAAACAAACAGUGACUAGCACCAGGAAAACCUCAGGCCAAAAUUGGUUGAAAUUGGGCAUUCUAUUGUUACCCUCUGACCCUCAUCCCUGUGACGUGUGGUUUUACCUCCUACUAUGUAGGAGAUAGUAGCUACAAAAUGUGUAACAGAACCCAAAUAUUAAUCUGGUAUUGGUGCUAGAUUAGGAUGGGUUCAUCUCUCAUGUCAUUUAGUAGAAGUCCACCAAUUGACAAAUUGGUUGCAAGAUGUUAAGAGAUUUCCUGUGGCACUCUCAGAUAACUUUGUUUCUGCUAAAGGGAAAGUCCUCAAUGAAAGCAUUAGUUAAAACUUUUUAAACAGAGUAAGGUGUGAACAGAAAAGUGACAUCAAGAGUUAAAUCAAGUUACCCCAGAUCUCUGAUACAGUAAUCUACACUGAAACAUUAAAUUAAGCAGGCUGCAUUUCAUUUAAGUAGGUCCUAAGUUUGCAGUGGUUUAAGGGGAGAGUGACAAAUACUAGUGGAAUUUUAUUCUCUUAUAUGUUUAGGUGAAGGAAGGGGAUUUGAAAUAGCUCAAGGUCGUUUGGGUCCAGGCCGUAUUCAUCACUGUAUGCGCUUGAUUGGUUUAGCAGAGCGAUCUCUUGACCUUAUGGUCCAUCGGUCUUUGGAAAGAGUGGCAUUUGGAAAACGUUUGUCAGAAAAGGUCUGAAAAUUUGACACCUUUAACCAUUUUCUGUGGCCAAAUCAGCCAGUAACUGAAUUUUUAAUGAUAAGAUUAACUUAUACUAUAUUUAUCUUUUUCUCAGGGGAUGGUUCAAGAGCAGAUUGCUCUUUCUAGGAUCGAAAUUGAGCAGGCGAGAUUGCUAGUCUUGAAUGCUGCUUAUAACAUUGACAAGCUUGGAAACAAGGCUGCUAAGAAUCAGGUGUGGCUUAAUUUCAACAUGCAACUGAUAUUUUACUCUAAAGGAUAACGUCCCAAAUCAUAGUGACCCUCUCUCUUAAUCUUAUUGCAACUACUUACUACCUUACUUAUUAAUCUUUAGCUAUUUCAGAAUAACCAACACAAAUGCAGCUGAUGGCUGAGAAUUGAACUUAGAUGAUUAAUCAUUAGAAUGGGCAUAAAAUUGUCAAGUGUAUUUGCAUUGCUUAUCAUAUGUGUUGUAAAUGGGUAUAAAAUGACCUAGUUCAUUGAUCACAAUUUGUGAGGGUUUGUUGCUCAUAUAUAACAGAGCAUAAAAUAAACUGACUAUAAAAGACAACUGCAAACCAUAGGGAAGAAUCACUUUCCACACUUGGUACAUUUGGUAUAUAUGUUAAAGUUAUAUGUAGAUAUGUUGUGUAGAUAUGUUUAUUAAAAAAGUUCAACUUGCAGCUGGAGGGCUGAAUUGCAUGUACACCAAAUAAUAAUUUAAAAUAAAAUUUAUAAAUAUACAAAUUGAAUAACAUUGAUGACGUGAAUUACAAAAUGAUUUAAUCUAUGUGGUCUAAAUAUGUGUUAUAAAAAAGGGCAUCAUAUCUCUUAAAUCUAUUGGAAAAUGUAGUUCAUAAUUUAUAUAUCAGGAUUCGUUGUAAACUCCAACUGAGGAUGGUAUAAAGUUAGUGUGAAAUGGAAAACCUAUUCUCUUGUAAGUGGACAAAAUAUUCUAAUAUAUACAGGAGAAAUAUUCUCCUGUAAGUGGACAUUCAUCUAUUUUUCUUUGGUGUCUUCUUAAAACUUCCAUAGGCAGGCAGUUCUAUUAACAGACACUCAUUCCAAUUCUUAAAGGUGUCCGCUUACGAGAAAGUUGACUGAAAUUCUGCAUCACAAAUAAGGCUUUGCAAUCUCCAGAUGGAAACUAGCAUUAUACUUUCAUUAUCUUUAUGAUGACUCUAUAUCAUUAACAAUGAUUUAACAUUUAAUUGACAGUAAAUGUAAAGUAACAAUAAUUAUUACACUUAAUAACCUUCUCAGUGUAUUUCAGUCAGGUACAGUGUGUCAAAGAGCAUCCUAUUUAAUCGAUUAAAAAAUUUAAAUUCUUGAAAUAAGGCAAGUAAAAUGAUUGCUUUACAACUUACGGCAGCUCACUUUGCAAAAGUGAAUGUGACUACAGCAUCUCAAAGCAUUUGGACACAUAAGACACUAAAAUCCUGGACAUGAUAUAAUAUAUAAUAUAUAUAUAUAUUUUUAUAGAUUGCCAUGGCAAAGAUUGUUGUUCCUCGAAUGGCUUGUAAUGUUAUCGACAGAGCUAUUCAGAUACAUGGAGGAAAAGGCGUUUGUCAGGAUACUCCACUUGCUGGUUUCUAUUCUCAAGCACGGAGUUUGCGGAUAGCCGAUGGCCCAGAUGAAGUUCACUUGGAGGCCGUAGCUAAGUCAGAGCUUAAGAGAGCACUGACAGCAAAAAUAUAAAAUGGUAUAGAUCAGUACUACUUUCUUCAGCUGCUGACCAAUUAUGGACUGGUUAUAGAGUACGGUGGGGGGGAGGGAGUUGGGUGCAUGAUUAAAUGUAGCCUACCCUUGCAUCCUAUAAAUCCUAUUACCUACUCCCCCUCCUGAUAAAGCUGUAUGGUGAAGUGUAUGGCUUUUACUUACCUGUCUCCCCCUCUGACAAAACUUGUGCUGCAUACAGCAUAAGGUUUGUUUUAGUUAUUUCAUGAAUAGGAAGUUGAAACAAGGCUUUAUUUUCCAUUUCAAACUGGUGAUAUUCUACUCCUCUCACCAAGUCUAAUCCUCAAUUUGUCAACAGUGGUUGUUAAUCCAAUACCACUCAAAUGUCAUGUGCCAUCUUGACACAAUGCUCAUAAAACAUUGACUAAUUGUUGAUAUAUCAAAACAUUUCAUGCAACAUGGGCACUAGUUUGGGUGGCCUGUGAUUACAACAAGCUGCGUUUUCAUUAUUUUGACUGGUUAGUGUUUCUGUAGCUUUUGAAACAGUGUCUUGCUGUUGCAAAUGUUAGAAUAUACUUAAUUUUAUUUAAAGUUACUUUCGCACAGAAUUAGGGGCAUUGCUACCAGCAUAUUGAGCUUCACUACUCUGGGAACUGCACCCAGAAAAACCCAUCUUCAAAGUUUCAGUUCAACUCUUGAAAAUGUUACUGUCAAUAAAACACUUCUUACACCAUGAUCAGAAUAAAGUCUGUUUAACACAUGACCAAUCCCUGACACAGUGAAAGAGCUGCAGCUUUUAUCAGAAGCAUAUAUAAAUGCAAGAAAUGAGUAAAACAUGUUGUUGCAUUUAAUAAUCAUGAUUUUAAUUUUCUACUUCCUUUAAGCUACCGCUUGGUGAAGUAAGUGUUUUGUAGAUGGAUCAUACUGAUUUGAAACUCUCUAUAAGCAACAUUACUAAAUGCUUGAACUUCUACACAGUCAACCAAUUUAGAGACCUCAAAUUUGACAGAUUCUUUUCCUAUGUUUCUUUGAUAAGAAACUAUGUACAAGAUAACAAAAAAUGCAAAGGUCAUGCAGAUGUCUUGCAGACGUGACCUGAAGAGGAGAUAUUAAAGCAGUGUUUCUGUCAGUCAGCUUUUCAGUUGAUGGUUUUUAGAGGAUUAACUGACAUACUUACUGAACUUGAAUACUGAUUUUUAAGUGUAAAAGUUCAGGUCAAUGGUAAAGAAGGUUGCUAUUUAGAUUUUAGGAAGUGUUUUUUAUUUGCUCAGAUAAAUGAUGAGAUAAAAGUGGGUUAUAAUCAACCUUUCUUAAGCUAUUUGCUUUAAGGGUGGUUACAAGGGUAGUUCUAGAGCACUACUUCAGUAAGUGUCCCGAGGGAAAAAUAAAAAGAGGCUGUACUUUGAGUUUGUCUAAAAAAUUAUGAUUAUGCAAAUGAUCAGAGUUUCUCCUUGCCUUGAACGUUCUUUAAACAUCAAAGUAAAUGUACAACCUUCAAUUGUAAAAUAAGAAAUUAUACUAUAUUAU